CCCAUUAGUUUGUAUGUGAAUUUAGGAGUUUUGCACAUGAAAUACCGGUAGGUGGAAUUUCUGAGAAAUCUAUAUUGAAGGCCUGCAUAUUCAGCCUUCUGCCUAGCAAACCUUGCUUCCAGAACCAAAUCUGCUCUUCACCCAUGCCUUCUUAAAUCAAAAUCAUUGACAACAUAUGAACCAUUGGUCCAUGUAGCUCAGUACUGUUUCUUAUUAAUAUAUCACACAAAAGAAAAAGAAAAAUAUCACAACUUAAUAUCACAACAUUGUUACAAGGUAUCUCUACUUUAUACUGUACUUUAAAAUGAAGCAGUUAAGUUUCAAAUAACACAUUACCCCCAGCAAACAACAGCUUAUAUCUUUAUUACAUCAUUACAAUGAAUAGCCUACCCUCCACUUCAUAAUAAAAAUAGUCCAUCAGUACUUUCUAUUAACUCCCGUAUUACCCAAGAUCUAUUUAACAAAGUGUUAGAGAUUGAAUCUGGAACCUCACUGGUUAAUUGCUGUGCUAGGACACCACACCAAAUCAGUAGGGCUCAUUUCUUAGUAAACACAUGUGUGAUUCAGUUGUUAAUGUUCUAUCAUCAAACUCUUUUUGAGACAUAUAUGAAUGAGUAUGGUGUUUUGUGAGUGUACUUCAAAUCACCAUACUGAACCAUUAUGUUUGGUACAAUUUAUGAAUUAAUGAGAUGAAAUAAUGAAUACUGAAGAAUGGUAGAAACACUAUGCCCUAUGCAGCCAUUUGAAGACUCAAAUAAUUAGAACUGUGGGAGAAGAGUUGGGCUGUGCUCACCUCUCACUGCACCUCCAUUGAUCAGACCACCCCACUCCACAUAUUGGGAGGAAAAGAUCUGAACUGAGCAGUCUGCUUUGCACAUGUAAGCCCACGGCUCCCUUCCUUUCUGUACAGCAAAGCUCUGCUCCUAAGACACAGGAAGCAAGUUGGCCCAGUUGGUUCCUGGAUCCUGGAUAUAGGAGCCCACUCCUAGGAGCCAAGAUCCCUUUGGAUCCCCCAAUAAAAUAUUUGAGGGGGCUGUUCCCCCAAAGUUGAUGGGCACUGGCAUUCAAAUGGUGUGUGGUCAAUUAUGCAGAGCAGGGCUUACCUGGGGUCUGCAAUAUUUUAUUCAAGUUGGCACCCAUAUCUCAUCCCUUGGUGCCUUUCAAUUUGGUAAUCUUUCAUAAUAAGGUGCCCUGCGCGAGGCCAAAAUCUGGCACCCCAAACGGAUCUUCUCCAUUUUGCACCCCACUCAGAGCAUGGCACACUGUGCGGGGGGGGGGGGGAACCAUCCGCACUACCCUAAAUCCUGAGCUGCUUUCAAGUCAAAGCAGUGUCCUGCCUGAUGUGGGGUGGGUAGGAACACUGUGCUUGAGUUUUGGCUGCAGUGCUAAAUCUUCAAUUGCUUUCGUUCAGACGUGCAAGUCCUUGCUUGACGCAGCAGUAGAUGAUGGGCUGAGAUAACCAGAGCAGAAUCAUUCCUGCCCUGGAGUCAAGUCUUUGCAGUAUGGAACGGUAUGGGCAAUUGCAGGAAGAGAUGGUCAGAGAUUAUGAAGUACUGUAUUUCCCAGGUUGGGGGUGACAGAAAGGUCACCAUUCCUGCGAGCCACUCGGAUGGGACCAAUGGUCCUUUCGCUGCACCUUUAUUAUUAUUUUUAAGUGACUUUUCCUGCUACAGCUGCAUACGUCCCCCCACCCCACUUUAUUAUGACCACCUCCUCGGCCUUAUUUCGUUCGUAAUGAACCGUAUCUCUCCCUUUCUUUUUCUUUUUUAGACUGAAAGAAAAGGGCGGGCAACAGCCGCCGCCAAGCACCGUGAGAGAGAGUGUGAGGGAAGGGAGGUGUGCGCUUCGCCGGCGUUGACUUCCAGCCCUCUCUCCCCGGCCCGCGUCAGCUUGCCCGGCUGGUUCACCUCCUUGCCCUGCCUGCGGCGUGGAGGGUGAAGCAGCCAGAAAAGGAGGCGGCGGCGGCGGGUUGAGAUUGUCCCCUGAAGGGACUCUGCGGAGGUUGGCGGGAGAGAGAGAGGGUUGCCUGAGGGAAAAGAGUGGGCGGGCGGCUGGGGCUGGAUCCAGGCAGGCAUGAGGCGGGAGAGAGAGAGGGCUCCUUAUGGGCGGGCGGGAGCGGGGAUGUUCCGCGGGGAGGGAGCGGCGGUUGGCGAGGGAGGGAGGGAGCUCCUCAGAAGGGCUGCUCUCUCUCUCUCCCCCACACAAUUCCCCUCAGGGAGACGGGGAGGGAGCGGGGCAGACACGCACCCGGAGCUCCGCCCGCCCAGGGAGGCAGGAGUUCCAGGAAGAGCCAGGGAGGCAGGCGGUUUCCCUCGCUUGCUUGCGCGCCCAGAGACUCCUCGCUCCCCACCUCGGAGGCUUGGCUCCUUCCUCAAGGCGGGGCGGCUUCUCGCGUCAGACCCCUUUCGGGGCGGGGAGGCGGCGAAAAAGAGGAGGAGGAGAAGCGUAGAAAAGAGCUGUGCCGCGUUGCGAGACAGACAGAGGGAGAGACGGAACGCGGCGGCUUCUCCUCACGGGAACAAAGAGGCGCGAAAGCGAAGGCUGAGGGGGAAGGGGGGGCGGGAAGAAGGAAGGAAGGCGGGCGGGCUCCUUUGCUUUCUUUCCCUUCUCUCUCUCCAACGGCCACCGCGGAGAUGGUGAGUUUAACGGGGGUAGGUGGGUGGGAAGGGGAGGGAGCGCCCCUUGUCCCCGGCGGUGCCGCGCUGCCUUCCCGGGGCCUGGGGGGCCGGGUUAAGACGCUCUCGAGAGACGGAGCCUUCCCUCCCUCCCUCCCUCCCUCCGCGCCUCCUCUCUCUUGUGAGGAGAGGGCUGUGUGCGAGUCCGCUGUUUGUCCACCUUUGGUAACGAGACACCGCCGCCAGUUAAAUCUCCAUAGAGACCGUACUCGCCCUCCAGCGGUCUCCCGGUUAUGGUUAUGGGAAGCCGGUGCCUUGUGUGUGGUUUUUAAUGCAUGUUUUCCCAAGACCAGCGAGAGCCUUUACACACUCCCCCCCACCUCUUUCCCCCCCCUUCUUUUUUUUGCGUUUGUGUGUUUGUAGAUGGGCUUCUCCGCCUGCCUUGUGUGUCGAGGUGUUGCGUCUCCUAUAACGUAUCCUAUGCACGUACUGGAAGCCAUAAUGUUUAAUUUACAGCUCUUCGGAUCUCAAAAGGAAGGCGCUCUGUCUGUCAAGUUCGGCUUGGUUAUUAUUUCUUUCUGCCUUACAAAAUCCUUUUCCUUGUGCGCCUUGGGAACAAGCUAUUUGGGCUUUCUCCUCGUGUCUUUUUAAUCUGCCCCUGAAGUGAACUUUUAAGGAAGUCUCACGUUCAUAAUCAAACCUCCUAGUAGGCGUCUUCUUGAUUUCUGUCUGUUUGCUAUGCCUUACAAUUAUCCUAUAUUAGUAGCUUCCUGCUACUUGCUGUUUACUCAAAUCUUCUUAAGCAUGCUUAUUCCCAAAUCUCUACCUAUGAAAAUGCUUAUGUAAUAAUAAGCCAGUGUAAUAGUCAUUAAUUGUUUGUUUCUUAAAAGGGUAGUCUUGCUUAUGAGAAUAAUUUUCUUCUUCAUUUUUCACCAGACUGCUGCAAAAACUAAAUUAUUUAAAUACAGUACUUAGUUUGCUCUUCUUGUUGGAUUUUUGAUAGCUGCUGUAGUUGGAUGCAUGGCCAAUGUAUGGCUGACAAAUACAUGCAGCACUCCAUUUGAUGUAGUUAUUCCCCCUUUUUUCCCCUAAGCAGUUUCAAAGUUUGAUGACAAUGGGUGUUUUCAAGAACUUGAGAUCUUAAAAGAUCCUGCUGGCUGUGAUCCAAAGAGCUACUUUAGAUGCACCCAAUGAGACUUUUGAUUUUUAAUACCAGACACUCAAUCAUACUGCAAUCUGUUUUUAAAAGUUCCCUAAUUUUCAAGAGUGAUUUGCUGGGGAUGGGGUUCAGUUUGUGAAACACAAGCCUUAGAAACUUAAGGACAUGUGAACUAGUUGCACCAUUUUCUGGCCCUGUCCUUUGUGUCUUUUUACUGUGACAUUUGGAUUUUAACAUAUAAUUGUGAUCUGAUAGUAACAUUUAUAAAAAUAAUAAUAAUUGGACCCUUUUUGUUUUUGUCUAAACUUUGGUUAUCAAGGUAUUUACUUCAAAGACAUAUCUCCUAAUUAAGUUAGAUUACAACCAGUGCUAAAGUUAAAGCUAUGUAGUUUUUAAUGUAUCUAUAGGUUUCUUGUAUAUAUUUGAUCUAUCAAGGAAAGAAAAAUGUGUAGAAUGAAUGAAGUAGCAUGAAAAUGUGCAGAGGGUUAAAGAAUUAUUGCAAUAGUGUAUACAUUGGACUACACAUGUUGUGGAACAAAGGUACCAAGUUUAGUGAUACUCAGAUAUUGGUUGUUAUUACAGUGGUACCUCAGGUUACAUACGCUUCAGGUUACAUACGCUUCAGGUUACAGACUCUGCUAACCCAGAAAUAAUACCUCGGGAUAAGGACUUUGCUGCAGGAUGAGAACAGAAAUCACGCAGCAGCAGUAGGAGGCCCUAUUAGCUAAAGUGGUGCUUCAGGUUAAGAACAAUUUCAGGUUAAGAACGGACCUCUGGAACGAAUUAAGUAUGUAACCAGAGGUACCACUGUAUUAUUGAAUUUCACCACUGACAGGCAAUAAACAGAGCAAUUUGUCCCGGUGAUCAGUACACUUCAGUUAAGUAGUUCACUAAUAAGAUUGUCUCUUUAGAUAAGGGAUGAGGAACCCAGUCUCCAGAUACUGUUAGACUCCAGCUACCCUUGCCAAUGGUCAGGAUGACAGGAGUUGUACCCCAGCAACACCUGGAGGGUUACAGGUUUCCCACUCCUGCUUUAGACUCACGUGUGGAAAACAAUAUAUUUCAUUGUUAUAGAAACUAAUUUGGUGAGACCAGCUAAUAUUUAAAAACCAGCCUUCUAUUCCUGACCCAUGUGUUUCUUAACAUAUCAAACAAAUACUUCUAAGUGACCCUUGUUUAGAGAAAUGUUUCAUGGUUUUUAAUGUUACCGGUUUGUAAGAACACACGCUCGAAGCAAGAUUUCUGGUAUUGAAACAUCCUUCCUCCAUUUCCCAUUAUUAUUAAUAUUUGUUCUUUUUCUUUCUUUGCAAACAAUUUCAGAGAGAAGAGUGAAGAGGCAUGGAUAUAACAUGAGUUCCCUAACAUGUUCAGAAAGGAUAUGAAUUUUGCAAAAGCUUAUUCCUUGGUGAACUAGAUAAAAGAUGGAUGAGUCAGCCUUACUGGAUUUGUUGGAGUGUCCUGUCUGCUUAGAACGCCUUGAUGCUUCUGCAAAAGUAUUGCCUUGUCAACAUACAUUUUGUAAGCGGUGUCUGUUGGGCAUUGUGAGCUCCAGAAAUGAGCUUCGAUGUCCAGAAUGCAGGACGUUAGUAGACUGCAGUGUUGAUGAACUUCCCAGUAAUAUUUUGCUGGUUCGACUACUGGAUGGCAUCAAGCAGAGGCCCCGGAAACCUGGUGGUGUGGUGAGUUGCACAAAUUCAUUAAGGGUCCAGACUAGCACUGUUGCUAACUGCAUUCCAAAAGACCUGCAGAGUUCUCAAAGUAACCAGCAGCAGAGAGUACAAGCACGGAGUCCUCCUGUUAGGGUAAGUGUCCAAUAUGUAAUACAUGCAAGAGACACACAUAUUCAUUUUGGUGAUAGCUGUUGAUUUGCUUUAACAAUAAACGAUAAUUAGGGACCCCAAGGGUCAUCCAGUCCAACCCCCUGCAGUGUAGGAAUCUCAACAUAAGACUCAUAGAAAUGUGAUGAGUCAACAGAAGAUCAUGCAAAUGGCUUAGUUGGAAAACCCAGCCUAUUAGUCCAUUUCUCACUGUAGCUGAAGAAGAUGAAGAGACGGAAUUUUUUAUACCACUGGAAUCUUUCUCCUGCCUAUUAUCUCUCAUGUCUGCCUUCUACCACCAAACAAAUGAGAAAGUACUUUGUCCCUUGAGAGUGCUUUUACAGUCUUCUAGAAUUAUUAAAUGUGAAUGACUAUAAUUAAUGCUGUUAUUAGUGACAGAUAUGGACUAGAAACCUCUCUGGAAACCUUCCAGACUUGUAAUUUGUGAGUGUGUGUGUGUGAGAGAGAGAGAGAGGGAGGGAGAAAGUGAACAAACUUAUUUUUAGGCUAUAGUCCUAAACUUGAUUUCAUCUGUUGAACAGGGUUAAGAAUAAGAUUGAAUUGAAAGUGUAAAAUUUGCAUACUAAUUACAUCUGACAUCAAUUCCUAAUACUAUACUUUGUUGAUUAGUUAUGAUCAAGAUUCUGCAGUUUUUGUCCGAUCUUUCUGACUAGUCCAGAAAUUGAAGUUGAUGGGUUUCUUCCACCUCCCCAUUCCUUGUUUAUUUGACCUGUGUAGCUGAGACACUUCAGGUGUAUCUGCUGAGCAGUGCUAAGGAAAGGCCUCACCAUCCUGCAGAAAGGAGAGGUGGGGUGUAUGUCAGCUUGCGCAUUGCUCAGAGGAAGCACUGCACUGUCUCUGCUGAGCUGCCUAGUUUCUUCUGAAGGAGGAAAGGGUUGAUGGUAGGCUUGCAAUUUUGGCCCUACAAAGUUAAAGUUCUCCAGGUGUCUUGACCAAACAGUAUCCAAACAACCCCUAGCCUUCCUCCUGAUGCCGGAGCUGGGGAGGAGAAGAGAUAAUUGUGCAACCAACUUCUUCAGUUUCAAAACUGAGAGGAAAGGUAGCUGCUGACCCUCCUUACAAGAGGCUGGUGACAAAUUUGCAAAAACAUUGGAAAUUGAUUGUGAUCAAUAUGAUGUCUUAGAAGCUCCUUUUAUAAAGGGUUGUCUACAUUUUCCCAUUGAAGGCUUUCAAGUUUUCAGUUAUUUACAAUCUGAGUUAUGAGUGUUUGCUGCUUCAUGUUCUCUGGUAAUAAUUUUCUGGAUUUAGAGGUUUUUAGAAUCUUCCCUAGUGUUGCCAAAUGAAGUUGUAAGCAUUUUUAAAGGCAUCUGUCUUUUCACUUGUUUUCUUGGUAUUUAUUUAUGUUGUUGAAUGUGUUAGCUACCAACCUUAGGAGUUGGAUUUAUUACAAUUCAACCUUGAACCUGUAAUUGGAAAUACAAUUUUAUAAGAUGAUUCACCUAAUUUUGCUUUAGCCCAGUGGCAGGUCAGAUCAGAUUUUCUAAAAGUCUUUAUUUCUUAUCCAGUGAUGCUUGCACAUAGAGAGCCUCUGGGUAUGGUUUGCAUUCGUUGUGCAGUGAUUAAGUGCUUCAUCAGUUCUGAAGAAUGCAUUGUAUUUAGACAGAGUAAUAGUUCAAGUAGUGCAGGGAGAGAACAGAGGCCUUAAGGCAUCUAAGCGUUUAAAGUAUUUUUCAUUUUGUUACUUGACUUUAUGAUAUUCAGAACAAACAUGAGAAUAUCCUUUAGCCAAAUUACUAGUUGAGAUGGACUCCCUAUAGAUAUGCAACCAAUUGCUGAUAGAGGGGUGUGGUCUUCUAUGAUCUAUAAGUGCAGAUACCUUUUAUCUAUUUCACAAUAAUAGAAUAUGCCAGACCAAAGCUGGUACUUAUGUACUGUUCUGAAAUCCCCUUUUCAUUGUACUUUUCACUACAUUUGAUAUUUUGUGGGGGGUGGGGGUGAGAAUUUGCCUUUUCUAAAAACAUGUGAACUUACCAGCCAAGUUCAGAAAUUGCGGAUAAAUCAAGUGGAAGGUUCUUAUCUGCUCUCUUUGUUUGAGUCUUUUAAACAUAUAGACAUGUGUGCACACAUUUUCAGGCUUGUCUCCACAAGUAUGAAGGCUAACAUAAUUUAUCUUUUUUCAAAAGUGAGAUUGAAUUUUAACAGGCACAUUGCUCCCAAGACAUCUAUGCACACACAGUGUGCUAUUUCUUUGAGCCUUAUCCUAAUCAUACAUGUGAUAUGCCAGCACACAGUGUGCUUUCAUAACAUUUUGUAGGUUUCCUGAAGUUUUAAUCCGUUUUUCUAAAAUGUUUUUCUGAUUUCACUCAUUGGCUACAAACAAUGACAGGCAGGAGCAUCUAGGAUGGUUCAUUUAAUGGAAAUUGCUUAGAAGGGUAUGUUUUAAGCAAUUUCUUUUGUUUUAUAACCUUGUUUCUAGGAGUAGAGACCUUUUUUUAAAAAAAGGAAACUCAGCGAGCCUGUGGUUCAAUUGAAGGUUUUUGUUAGUUUUUGCAGUUGUCAUGGUGCCUGUGGCCAUCAUGUUGGUGACUCCUGAAUUAGGACUGCAAGAAAAAGUAGCAACAUAUUAACAAAUGAACAGAUUGAGAUUAUUUAACAAUGUGUCUGUCCUUGGUAGCCAACACACGGUUUCCUAGCCAGCUUCAAGCCGCCAGCUCCCCCCCCCCCAAAAAAGGUUUCUCAUGCAGAACAGAUUGGAGGGGUCACCCCACACUUGACUGGAUGGGGGCACAGAAGACACUCUGUCUCUGCAACUGGCAUGGGGUGAAGCUGAUCCCUUAUCACAGUGUCAUGAAUUCAACUUUAAUAGGGGUAGGACACCUUUUGAAAUGGUGGGAGGUUUCUUGCACCUUCCGUGUGCUGUACCACCCAGUAUGGCAUGAGUGAAUCACCCUACUCAUCAAGAGGACUAGGAGAAGAAGGGAAUAAAUAUCUUAUCUUGUACUAGGCUAUAACAUCUCUGGUUAUUUCUGAAUGCUUCUAAAACAUGGCACAAAGAGAGAGUGAUUCCCUUCCUUAGGGUAGGGCAGACUUGUUCACUUACCUCACACUGGCUCUUAAAAGCACUUAAAGCCAUGCUAGAUUUUUUUGCUGAGCAUGUCCUAGUCUCUUGUGAGAUGGGCCAAGUCUUUCUUUGUUCCUCAACUCUUUGUAUGUUCAGAAGGGCUGUAACUCAGCAGAACUCAUGGCUUGCAUGCAGAAGGUUCCUGAUUCAAUUCCUGGCGUCAGAUAGAACUAGGAAAGGCGCUUGGUUUAAAUCUUGUGGAGCCAGUCAUUGUAGACAAUACUCAGCUAGAUGGACCAUGGUCUAAUGUGGCAUAAAGGCAGCUUCCUAUAUUCCUUUGACUAUGGGAGGGUCAUGAUCUGUCUGCUGAAAGCAAGAGACCCUUCCACCCUCAAAGUUCAAGGAAAUGAUAUAUUUUUGUUGACAAAUGGAUACCACUGGGAAGCUAUUUCUCUCUCCUGAUGAUGAGCUGGAAAGCAUGUAUCUCCCAUCCCUACCUGGAGACUGAAUCUGGGACCUUCUGCUUACAGAGCAGAUGCUCUACCACUGAUCUAUUACACUUCCACCAUAGCUCACUGUCAACCACUUUGACCCUCCAAACACUGGGUGUUAGAAUUUCAGUAGUCUUUUUCACUGGGCAUAAGAUUUCUGAGACUUUGGAAAUCAGCUACAGGGAAAACUAGUGACAGCUGCUGUUAUGUUGAAUUAAAUGAAUUUAGAUGAGUGCUAUUGAAUCAUACAAUCUGCUUUAUACUCUAAGGAAAUACUAAACCAUUAAGUGCCCUUUUUAGAAUAUGUUGUGACUUCUUUUUAUGAUUUAUUAACGUCUUGUGAUAGAAUUUGUGGCUUUUCAAAUUGUGCUAUGUGGCUUUGUGGUAAUCUUUUAACUUUGUUGUAAUGGGUUCUGUAUUUGAAUUUUUGUGUAUUGGCAUCCAUAACCACUGAAAAGCCACAUAAUGCAGAGUAGCUUUGUUUGUUGCUUCUCUCAUUAACUGCAGUUACAGAUUCAGUCUUGUUGAAAUGUUUGACAGCAGUAUAUAAACCUUAAUGAUCUUGUUUUGUGGGAGAAAAACUGUACUAAUUGGAUCAAUGUAUUCAAUAAUCUACCUAGAUUUUUAAAAUUGGAAUUUUAGCUUUAUGUACAUAUCUUAGCUAGAUAUAUAUAUCUCCCUGGUUCUUGAACCCUCUGUGUGCUCCAGUGCAUCCUUGAUGCUGCUACAACAUCAAGAUGUUCUACACUGCCUUUACAUAAUGUAUCAUAUAUAACUGUUCUCAACAUCCAAUUCUGUGAAGAAGUUUGAGCAGGAGCUUUGUAUGAUUGUGGAAGGUCCUGCAGAUGUCAAGGACCCAUGAGUGGACUGAUAAGCUUUUUAUGGAAGAUAUUUUACCAUUUUUUUCUGCCUGAGUCCAUUAUUUAUGUAGUCUAAAUACAUAGAUUUUAGUACAGUGGUACCUCGGGAUGUGAACGGGAUCCGUUCCGAAGCCCCGUUCGCAUCCUGAAUAGAACGUAAGACACGUCUGCACGGGUCGUGUUUUGCUGCUUCCGCGCAGGCGCGUGACGUCAUUUUGACCGUCUGCGCAUGCACAAGCAGCGAAAUCCGGACGUAAUGCGCUCCGUUACUUCCGGGUCGCUGCGGAGCGCAACCCGAAAAUACUUAUCCUGAAGCAUAUUUAUCCCGAGGUAGGAAUGGAUGAGUUUUUUAAAAAGCUGUAAUUUUAAAAAGCUGUAAGUUCUGAUUAGCUUUUACUUAAUAUUAUCCAUCAGAAACCAACUUAUGUGCGAGUAAACCUCUGAACUCAGUGGGAUUUACUUCAGUGUAAACAUGUAUAAGAUUGUGCAAAUAGAAUACAAUCCUAAAACUAAACCUCUUUUUAAACCUAAAAAAGAUGGCAACUUGAAAAGAACUGAUAUCUUGCUGAAGUAUUAGUAAUGUUCAUUAAAAAAAGCUGUGAUUUAUUUCUUAACUGGAAUGGUUGACUAGAAAUACUAUAAUGGGAUUGAUUUGAAAUAGGUUUUCACUAUGUUAUCAAUAGUUUCUAUACUGCAGGCUAAACAGCAUUUUCUCAGUGCUGUGGAACACCCAUGAAUGACAUAAUGAUCAUGAAACCUUCUAUUGUAGUUUAGACUUAGAGCUUCAGGGCUUAAUUUGAGCUGAGACUGCCAAAAGACUACUUCUUUCUCUUUGUGUAGAGACUCAUCUGUGCUCUUUUUGCUUUUCUAAGCCAAUGAAGAGAUAGGCCACAGGAAACAGAAUAAUGGCUGUUUGGGGGAGAUUAGUAUAUCAGUCUUUAACAUGGUUGACCUGAAAACAUAUCAUACCAAUUUUUACAAAAUAAAGCCUACAGUCCUAAGAAUACUUAUCAGAGAAUAAACCCUAUUGAACGCAGUGGAAUUCUUGAGAACACCGGGUUUUGCUAUAGGUGUAUUUAGAGUCACAUCUGUGUGUUUUAUACAGCUUUCCAGGGAAGAUUAAUACAGAGUAAAGUAGCAUCUGACCCUGGAAUCAGGAUGAAACAAUAGUUAGCCAAGGGAAACAAUAGUUGCUAAUUUAUACAGUAUCCUAAGUUAGUAACUAUUGUUUUCCUUGGGCUUGCAAAAAGCUUGAGUAGUUUACUAGUCAGACAGAAGCAGAAAGGAGGCUAUUGUAAUCUACUAGGAAAUAUAUGUUGCCAUAUUCAUUACUGGAAAUGCAGGUAUUCUCUUACUGUAUAAAGUAGAGAGAAUCUUUUUGUGCGAGUUCUCUAAUUCCAAACAUGAAAAGUUUUAAGCUGAUUGCAUCUUGCUGAAGUACUUAGAGUACUGAAACAGUUUCCUGGAGCUUAAUAUGUUCUUUUCAAGGAAAUAAACUUUGUUCUGUUCUCUUGGUUUCUUCCAGGUGAGCUCAUUCUAGUGAGGAUAUAUAUGAGACACUCCCUGCACAUUCUGUUUCACAUAGUUCCUUAAAGCAAGCUUUUAAAUAAUACUUGUAUAGCAGCAGCAGCUUUUUUAAGGAUAGUAGCAAAAUUUAUAAUUUUGUGAAGCAUGAAUGAGAUAUACAGCUCUUUUGAAGACCUCUUUAAACAGUGAAUACUACUUUUAAAAGGAUUAGUCACUUACUCGAAUAAAAGAAGACUGAUAAUCUUGCAUGAGGUUUUAUUAGUAGAGUAUUGUACUAAAGUGUUUUUAUUUACAGCUGUCUAGUCCUCUCAACUUUUCAAGCAGUUUUAGAAAAACACAUUGAAUAAAAGUUGGGUAAAGUGUAGUUGGUUGUAUUUGGAAAAGCCAGAGCAUGAUGGAAUCAAAAAUAAUCUGUAAAAUGCUUGUUUUUAAAUUUUUGCUCAAGAAAUACUAAGUUUAGCCCAUUUUAAUAUUGUUGCCCACAUCAAGUAUGAGAUGUUACCAGUAAGGCCAGUUUUUGAAUGUGCAGUAUUUAAUUAUGUUACCAACAGGAACAGAUAUUGCAAGUUAAGUUGAAACCAGAUUUGAUAAUACUGUAUUUUAAUUGGGACACUCUCUGUAGCAAUGCAGGGACGCGGGUGGCGCUGUGGGUAAAACCUCAGUGCCUAGGACUUGCCGAUCGUAUGGUCGGCGGUUCGAAUCCCCGCGGCGGGGUGAUCUCCCGUCUUUCGGUCCCAGCUCCUGCCUACCUAGCAGUUCAAAAGCACCCCUAAGUGCAAGUAGAUAAAUAGGUACCGCUUUAUAGCGGGAAGGUAAACGGCGUUUCCGUGUGCUGCGCUGGUGCUGGCUCGCCAGAGCAGCUUCGUCACGCUGGCCACGUGGCCCGGAAGUGUCUCUGGACAGCGCUGGCCCCCGGCCUCUUAAGUGAGAUGGGCGCACAACCCUAGAGUCGGACACGACUGGCCCGUACGGGCAGGGGUACCUUUACCUUUACCUGUAGCAAUGCCACAAUAGCAUUGGCUUCUCUUUGAGUCCAUGUCUGAACAGUAUAGAUUCUAUUUAUUCUGUAUCUUGUCAUUACCAGGAAAAUGAGAUUUAAAAUGCAUUCAGGUGAUGUGCUCCUGCCAAAAAGCAUAGCCUGCAAAAACGUUUAGAGAAGACAAUAAUACGUAAGCAGCAUCUUCACCUUAUAAGGUCCUGUGGGCAGGGGGCAAGGCAAGUGGAGAAGCUCCCCCCCCCCCGUUCAUUCUGGUAGUCUCUCACCUAUAGCAGUACCUGCUAGGGAGCAGCUCUUCCUCAUAAGGAUUCCAGGCUGGUGUAAAGCUUGCCCAACAUACUCUGCGCUGUGGCCAUAAUGCAUUUGGUAGUCUUUAAGACAAAGCUCCUUUAUUUUGUGUAGGAGCAUGAGCCUGUUCUAAUUUCUUUAUAAAUUGGCAACAAAUCUCUUUGCUCUCCAGAGAAUUAGAAGGAAGAGCGUGUCUAAUGCAUAUUUAAAUUUAAACAAGUAAAAUGAAUUGAAAGUAGGUUUCUAGAUUUUUAUAUAUUUAUAUACUUUUAUUGUAUAAGCACUGCACAAGUAAUUAAUAUUUACUUAAACCUUUGGAAAUUGUAACUCCUAUAGUGGGAAGUUUAGAUAAAUGACUUGCUUUGUCUAGCUAGACCAGGCAUCCCCAAACUCAGCCCUCCAGCUGUUUUGGGAUUACAAUUCCCAUCAUACCAGACCACUGGUCCUGUUAGCUAGGGAUGAUGCGAGUUGUAGUCCCAAAACAUCUAGAGGGCCAAGUUUGGGAAUGGCUGAGCUAGACAGACCAUUUCAAAGAUCUAGGCUCUAUUUGGUCAUUCAAGUACUGGGUGUCUUCAGUAUUUCUUAUCUGCUACGUUUCUAAACUUCAGUCCAUGGUUGUCAUUACAGUUUUGUUGUUGUUUUUUCUUUAUAAAAAAAAGGACAGUUAUGUUAUCUGGUUUGAGGAAAGGGGUAUUAUGAAAACACUAGUGUGGUUCAGAAAAGCAGUAACUUCACUUCCUGAUAAUUGAAUAAUCACUCCAUACACUUCAAUGCUUUUCAGCUAACUCUGGGACCUGCCUGUUCAAUAAUAUGCUACUAAAGACUCAUGGCUGGUGCAUACUGAGUAUGAUUUUCUGAGAUGCUGGGAUUUUCUGGGCCUAGUACAAUAUGUGUAUUGGGCCCUCUCUACCAUUCACAAAAGAGGUACAAAUUUGCAUAAAAUUUGCCUGUGCCUUGGGUGAUUUGCAAAUUUAUAUAUUCUUUUGCAGAUGAAGUAGAAAGUACAAAAACAAAUCUCCCAAUUAAUCACACACAAGUAAGUUGUUUGAUAGACAGAAUGUUAGGAGGUGAAGCUUUUUCCAUAAUUGUAUUUCUAUAUUAGAAAAUGCUCAAAUUUAUUUCUCCCUGUCACAGAGCUGCUAAAAGUCAAGAUCCCUGAUCUUUCUCCAGUCCAACCCUAAACCAUUCAAAGAACUCCAAGUUUCAUAAGUUGUAAGCCAGUUAUAUUACUUAAGCUGUUUCAUAAAUUGAUCUUAGACUGGCAAUUCUUCAUUCAGUGAAAGAGGCAUUGUAUUUUACAUUGCUUCUACAAUCAACAGCCCCCUUUAAAAAAGUAAAAAUAAAAAAAUCUACCAAGGAACUGGAAUGCAACUGGACAACACAGGGCUACUUUGUGGAGGUGAUGUGACCCACUUUCUCAAACACAAUACUUCCCCACUGCAAUAUGGAUAUACUAGUGGUGGCUUUUAUUUGCACGUACAUUAACAGAACAUUUUUUUAAAAAGUUUACAUACACAUAACAACAAUUCCUUGUGCGUUCAAAGCAUGUGAGACUGUGCACAUGUGCAUCACUGCGAACUGUUGUUCAGCUUCUGCAUCCCUGUUACUUUCUUUUGACUGCAUAUCUUCAUGCACUGAUGACAGAAAAUUAAAUAGUGACGGCAAAGAUGAGAAGGUACAUUCAGGACAUAAUUGAUUCAUGCAGCCAGGCAGAUUGUUACAGAAUUUUUUUUUAGAUACUGUAAAGAUUGCUGUUUUAAAGAUGUCUCUGUAGACAUUUAUAGCAUUUAACUUAAUAAAGUUUUUAAAAAAUUCCAUGGAGGAAAUAGCUCUAUAGCAAGUCUUUAGCUUUAUCUGCUGUCCAUUCCUUAACUUGUAACUGUCUGGAAAAUGAAAUCAGACUUUAGUAGGAAAAAAACAUAUAAAUUAACCAUAACUUCAAGCUGCACAGGCAAAGAAAUCCAUUGUCUGUAUACCCUUUUUUGUGUGCAUUGUAUGUAAUUCAAUAAUUUACCAAACCAUUUGUGUGCCAAUAAAAUUGCCAUUAAGAGCUAACUUAAAUUCUCUUUUGUUGGAUAUGAAAAGAUUUUUUUACAGAGCCUCUUAUAGUUUUUCAGAAAUAUUAUAGUCAUGAAUGAGCAGGUUGUUAAAUUAAAUAUUCCCUUUACAUGAUAGUGUUAAUUGUUUAAUUUGGAUUAUGAUGAAGCCUAAUAGAUUUUGCUUGCAGGUGGAACAGCAACAUUUGGGCUAAUUAAGAAACAUUUUUUACCAUAUUGACUAUCACACAUUAUCUUUUCAUUACAAAAUUUUGCAUUCUGGCAUCUCCCAAGGCAGCAGGUUUUCUCCAAAGUCUAAAACCCUAAGGGAGCUGCCUUAACCAACAGCUUUAGUUGUUAUAGACUACAUACGAGUUUAUAUUUAAAACAGCUUAAUCAAAAAGCUCUGUAAUACAUAAUAAAACUCAAUAAAAUAUAUAACAUUUGCAAAACUAUUAAAACAAGUAUACAUUAAAAUAUUUAGCCUUAAAACACAGAUAAAAUUAGUAAAACUUUUAAAACAAGUAUAAGUAUCUAUUAAUUGGUAUGGGGUUAUAUUCUCUAGGUUUGGCUUUUCUCCCUUCCAUUAGUAGACAGAAAUUGUUGGAUACCAUCUCUUGUGUAUAUAUAGAAUUGAUUCUGUACAUGUGGUACCUUAAGAAACACCUGUAAGUGCUGUUUAGAAGUUUUCACAAGUGUAUUAGCAAAAUACAGAGUAGUUUUCCUAGUUGGGUAAGUCAAAUACUGACUAGUUGGUAUUCUUGCCCCACCCUGCAGAUACUGCAGGCAGCAGUGUAUGACAUCUAACACUAGUACAUAUUUGUCCUUGAUUGUCUUGCCAGAAGAAGAUGAAACCUCAUUUGCUUGUACAGUGAUACCCACUUCCUGAAAAGUAGAAAAAUGCAGCAGGAAAAAAUAAGGCAAUAAUUAGUUGAAUUGUGUUUCAAAAGGAUGAAUGGCAUUCCAAAAGGAAACAAAGUAGGUGGAGGUGCAAAGGUCAUUUCAACUCUGGACAGUAGCAGUUAUUGUCUGUAGAAUAGUAAAGGCCAGUGAGAAAAAAAUUGCUUGUAUUCUUAAAAAAGAAAAAAGAAAAAAGAAAAAAGGUACUUUCUUGUCACUUAAUAAAUUUCCCUUAACAAAAACUACUCAAGUCACUUCUAAAUUUAAAAAGGGAAUGCAUACAAUUUCUAUCUUUAAAGCCAUGUAAUGGGUGGUUUUGAAAUGUAAACCAAGCUUUUAUAUCAAGUGAUCAGAAGAAGCUAUAAUUUGUUGCAUAUUUCAUCUUUAUAACUAAUGGCAGCUCAGUUAAAUUUGCCAAUGGAGACUUGAUUUCCCAUUCACUGAUCUUUCAAACGUUAAUGUGCAGGCAGUAUGUAAUAUUUGUUUUCAGUACCAGAACUCAACUGAGCUCAGAAUCCUUCCACAACCUGCCCUCUCAGGUUAUUACAUUAUAAUUGAGAUGUGUGCAUGUCAUUUUGCAGGAAGUUAGAAGUUCUUGCUAAUCAUAAAUGGGAGUCAUAAAUCUUUGCUGAAUCUACUUAGAGAGAUCUUUAAGUAGAUCCUGAUCUACUUCUUCUCACGUCUGAUUUAAAGCUUUCUCAUAGCAGCAUAUCUCGCUGCAUACCCAGAAGAAUUUAGAUCAGAGCUGGAGCACACAACCUGCAAGUCACAUGUGGCCCACACAAGCUCUUUUUGGUAGCCCUCAGCGACAUUCAAGAAAAAAUCAUAUUAAAGCCUUAAAUAUUUAUUCUUUGUGUCAUGUGUUGUUAAUGAAAUCACAUACAUCUGUUUGUGUAUUAAAUUUGUUUAAAAAUUAAAUCUAUUAGGUCUAUUUAUUCUGUAUUUAAUUUUAUAUAUAUGUAAAACAACUAUAGGGACGCGGGUGGCGAUGUGGUCUAAACCACAGAGCCCAGGGCUUGCCGAUCAAAAGGUUGGUGGUUCGAAUCCCCGCAACGGGGUGAGCGCUCAUUGUUCGGUCCCAGCUCCUACCCACCUAGCAGUUCGAAAGCACGUCAAAGUGCAAGUAGAUAAAUAGGUACUGCUCUGGCGGGAAGGUAAACGGCGUUUCCGUGCGCUGCUCUGGUUCGCCAGAAGCGGCUUAGUCAUGCUGGCCACAUGACCUGGAAGCUGUCUGCAGACCAACGCUGGCUCCUUCGGCCUAUAGAGCAAGAUGAGCACCGCAACCCCAGAGUCGUCCGCGACUGGACCUAACAGUCAGGGGUCCCUUUACCUUUACAAUUAACUAUGUUGUGUAUACAGUGGUGCCCCGCAAGACGAAUGCCUCGCAAGACGGAAAAACCGCUAGACGAAAGGGUUUUCCGUUUUGAAGUUGCUUCGCAGGACGAAUUCCCCUAUGGGCUUGCUUCGCAAGACGAAAAUACCUUGCGAGUCUUGAGAUUUUUUCGCUUUUCCCCCUUUAUCUAAUCUGCUAAGCCUUUAAUAGCCUUUAAUAGCCUUUUAGCAGCUAAUCCCUAAGCCUUUAAGCCUUUAAUAGCCGCUAAACAGCUGAUAGCGCUAAUAGCGCUAAUCCGUCAAUGGGCUUGCUUCGCAAGACGAAAAAACCGCUAGACGAAGACUCUUGCGGAACGGAUUAAUUUCGUCUUGCGAGGCACCACUGUAUUAAAUAAUACUGAAUAUAUUACAAGCACUUUAAUUUACGAUACAGAAAUUUAAUUCAAUGUGUGGCCCAUGGAUUCUGUGUCGAAGUACUCUUGCCGCCCACUUGGUAUGAAAAUUGGACCGUCCAUCUCUGCAUAUAGCAGUUCCUCUACCAGAUCAUUUUUUAGACUUGAAGAGCUUUAAAAAAAGUGUGUAGACUCUGAUGAAGGUGACAAAUGUUUUUCAAGUAUGUACAAAACCAUUGUGUGCACCACUUGCUUUACUGUGGCUAAUACAGACAUAGGCAAACUCGGCCCUCCAGAUGUUUUGGGACUCCUAUCAUCCCUAGCUAACAGGACCAGUGGUCAGGGAUGAUGGGAAUUGUAGUCUCAAAGCAUCUGGAGGCCUGGGUUUGCCUAUGCCUGGGCUAAUAUCAUUAAAGUUGCACAACGUAUUGGGAGUAUUCUAUAAGAUUGAGAGAAAGGCAGUAGAAUCUCCCCAAACUCAGUCUGAGCCUCAGAGAUGCUCAACAUAACAAGGAUGAACAUCAACCAACUUCGGUGAAUUUUUAUUUGAGUGUUGUGCUGCUGCUGUUUAGUUUUUUAGGGUAUUAUUAUUUUAAUAUUGCUGUAACCUUGUAACUUUUUAUUGGCUGUAGGUUUUAGUGUUAUAAGGUGCCUUAGAUAUUUUUUAAAAGCCAAAGCAUGCUGAAAAUAUUCUUUUUCUGCCAGCAAUAUAUAUUUCUUUCAUUGAACUUUAAUGUUUUCUUCCUAAAGCUAUGAUAAAUUGACAAGUUCAUAUUCUGUUUGUUUCAACAUCUGGAUGCCACAUUGUAUCCACUUUUUGCCAGCAACACUCACAAACAUAUGGAGGAAACUAGUAACUUCACAAUGGUAGAAGAGGCUAUGGAACUUCUGGCUGCCUUUUCCUUUGCAUCAUUUACAGGGGAAAUUUAAUUAGCUCUUAAACUUUUAGAUUUUUUUUGUUUACAGUUUGACUGAAUAACACAACUCCUCUUGGGAAUAGCAAAGUUUAUGAAUUAACAAAAACAUCAAGGAAAAUGCAAAACAAGGUUUGCUUGAAUACAUGCAUAAAAUAAUUUGGUAACAAAUAUAUACCAGUACUUUAAAACGAAGCCCUAUGCAUAUAUCUGAGUAAAGUGAUACUUACUCUUGGGUAAAUGUGUAUAGGAUUGCAGUAAAAUACUUAUGAAGAGAAUCUGGGUUAUUUUUCAUUUCAAAAGAAAAAAAGCAAAGGUAGUUGUUUGUGUCCGUAAGAAAAAUACCCCCUCCAUAAUCCACAGUUGGGUGAUAUGCUUGUUUGGACCAACCAAAGUGUUACAAAAUAAUGCAAUCUGGAACUCUUAAUCAUGCAGGAAAAACAAGAGUAUUAGGUUUAAUGUUGUAGCUAUGAUGUCGUCUUGCAGUUUUAAUUGAGUUGAGAGCUUAACCAUAGACAAUGUUUCCCAAAUCUGGAACAUUAUACCAGUUUCUAGAUUGAGGUAGGUAACAAUGUUGGUCUGAUGCAGUCGAAAUAAAUUUAAAAAUUACAAAAAUUGUCCAGUAGCACCUUAGAGACUUAGUUGGUCUCUAAGGUGCUACUGGACUAUUAUUUUUUAUUUUAUUAUACCAGUUUGUUCUUUUGUCCAAAAACCAAACAAACUUCAUUCUGAAUAUAUAAUAUCCAGGAACAAAGCUGGAUACAAUGUUGUAGCUUACAUGCUCUUAAUUCUCCUUUUGCUUUGAUCUUAUAAUUGUCAUUCCAAUAGGGGAAGUUAAUUACCCAUUCUUUUCAUUGCUUUCUUCGGUUCAGCCUUUCUCUAUUGUGCUUGUGAGGGCCUUACCUUUGACCUGCACAAAUAUUUUCCUACCUAAAUAUGCUGCAUUCAUAGUGAACUUUUAGUGGGAUUAUUUCAUAUGUAUGUUCCUAUAUGGCUUCCAGUAUCUAGGAAAGUUUCCUUUCAAUUUUGAUACUGAUUCAUUGUGUUAAAAACUAGUCAUGGUCAAACCUGCUAAUCUAUGAAUUCCUGAGCAUCAAAUGUAGUUUGAGAGUGAUUUUAAAUUUUAAUAAAAUCUUGUCAAGCUAUUGCUACACAUGUCCCACAUUGGCCUUGACACUAUAAACUCUUAUCCUAGCAAGUAUAAAGUAUGACUUCCUAUUAGGCAUUUCACUCUUUUAUGUGGUUCCAGCAAUGCUUCAAGGUCAUUCGCGGAAGUAUUAUUUUCAUUGGCUCCUAAAGAGCAAGGGAUAAAAAUGUAAGUUAAGAUUGCUGGCUGGUAUUUAUAGUCCUAAACAAUAUAGUCUCCAGUUUAACACCAUGGAAUAAAAAUGAUAAAAUCAAACUGAAAGAGGGCUAAGAGCUUAUAAAUUGCAGCUUUGUAUUCAGGACGAAGUCUUUUUUGGCUACUCGAUAAAUUUGCCUGCUCUUCAGUGGAGAGUGGGGAUGAGGUACCAUAUCUUGUUUCAUUUUUUAAAAAAUAAUUUUUAUUAAAGAUUUUCAUGGUUCACAAAAAAAUGUGCAUUGUCUUUUUUCAAGCCGUAUAGUCCUUUUUUUACAUUUGAUGUGAAACAUUAUACAGAAUAAGGUGGGGGCGGAAGAAGAGUGGGAGAGAGAAGGGGGAGAGGAGAUUGGGGUGGUAAUAUUUAGUAUGUUUGUGAUGAGUUAUGCCAGUGUCACUUGAGUAGGUUCUCUAUUCAUUCAUUUUAUAUGUAUAUGUACACACACACACACACACACACACACGUAUGUAUGUAUGUAUGCAUGCAUAUGCAUAUGCAUACACACAAACAUACAUUUUAGUGAGAGAAGUUGGGGUGCUCAGGGCAUGGUUGGUUAUCUUUAGUUGGCUGCAGUGAGGUUUGUUCAUGGGGGGGGGUGUUGGGUAAGUUCAGCCCAUAUUGAUUCAAAUGCUGUUGGUAGAUUCUUGUUGGGCUGUGUAUGUGAUAAAGGGGAGCCAUACUUGAGUGAAGACGUCUUCUUCUAUUUGUCCCUGUGUCAGUUUCAGUCUAUCGGUUAAUUUUUGUAAUAAGUCCGUUUUCCAUAUAGUUUGAUACCAUUGAUCCGUGUUUACUUCUGACAGGUCUCUCCAGUGUCUGGCUAUGAUGUUUCUGGCUGCUGAGAGUAGGUGGGUUUUGAGCUCUUUAUAGUGUGUGUGGGCAUUAUUAUCUUGGAAGAUGUUUAAUAGGGCCAAUGGAUUUAUUCUGCUACCAUAUUUACUCAAAUCUAAUGUGCCAUCAAAUUGAAUGCGCACCUCAAUAUUUAUUACGAUGGAUGAUUUUUCAAAACUUUGAAACAAAAAAAAAGGAUCUAAUGCGCCAUCAAAUGUAGUGCACACCCUAAUUUUCGUGACAUAAUUUGGCCAAAAAAUGUGCAUAUUACAUUUGAGUAAAUACAAUAGGUGGAUACCAUCCAGAGACAUUGUUUGCUUUUAAAAUAUAAAAGGUUCUAGGUUUCAGCAGAUGAGCAUUGUGCACUUUUUGUUGUUGGUUUUAAACCAGAUAUUUCCAUCUGUUCUUUUUAGCAGGACAAACUAAGGAUGCUUGCUAAGUUUUUGCUGAUAAAAACUGUAAAAGUUGGGCUAGCGGAUAUAGUAUGAUAUAGUAUGAAACAUAAUAUUUGUGUUUUUUUUAAAAAGCACAAGGGAUAGAUUUUUCCAAACUGUAUUUUACCAUACUGUAUAAGGCUACAUUGUUGUUUAGUCGUUUAGUCAUGUCCGACUCUUCAUGACCCCAUGGACCAGAGCACGCCAGGCACUCCUGUCUUCCACUGCCUCCCGCAGUUUGGUCAGACUCAUGUUUGUAGCUUCGAGAACACUGUCCAACCAUCUCGUCCUCUGUCGUCCCCUUCUCCUUGUGCCCUCAAUCUUUCCCAACAUCAGGGUCUUUUCCAGGGAGUCUUCUCUUCUCAUGAGGUGGCCAAAGUAUUGGAGCCUCAGCUUCACGAUCUGUCCUUUUUACAACAUCAGUGAGCACUCAGGGCUAAUUUCCUUAAGAAUGGAUGCGUUUGAUCUUCUUGCAGUCCAUGGGACUCUCAAGAGUCUCCUCCAGCACCAUAAUUCAAAAGCAUCAAUUCUUCGGCGAUCAGCCUUCUUUAUGGUCCAGCUCGCACUUCCAUACAUCACUACCGGGAAAACCAUGGCUUUAACUAUACGGACCUUUGUUGGCAAGGUGAUGUCUCUGCUUUUUAAGAUGCUGUCUAGGUUUGCCAUCACCUUUCUCCCAAGGAGCAGGCGUCUUUUAAUUUCGUGACUGCUGUCACCAUCUGCAGUGAUCAUGGAGCCCAAGAAAGUAAAAUCUCUCACUGCCCCCAUUUCUUCCCCUUCUAUUUGCCAGGAGUUGAUGGGAUCUUCGUUUUUUUGAUGUUGAGCUUCAGACCACAUUUUGCGCUCUCCUCUUUCACCCUCAUUAAAAGGUUCUUUAAUUCCUCCUCACUUUCUGCCAUCAAGGUUGUGUCAUCUGCAUAUCUGAGGUUGUUGCUAUUUCUUCCGGCGAUCUUAAUUCCAGCUUGGGAUUCAUCCAGCCCAGCCUUUUGCAUGAUGAAUUCUGCAUAUCAGUUAAAGUUAAGGCUACAUAGUACUUUGAUUUUCAGUAGCUCUCAAAAUAAGUGACAUAGCAAUUCAUUAUAUUUUUCUUAAAUAUUUAUUUAUUAUAUUUUUAUUAGAGGUGGGUGCAACCCUCUGCUUCCAUAUAGAAAAAAAGGUUUGAAGGAUUGGGAAUUCCCAUGCUGGUCUCCCAAACAUUUUGAAUCUAUGUUUUGGAUGUCUUCAGCUCUGCAAGGUAGAGAACUUACCAUGCAUUUACCACAGUGUUCUAUUAUGUAGUUGGUUGUGGUGGACAUAAGCCCAAACUCCUUGUGCCAGCAUGACGUGAUAACACAUUGUCAUAACAGAUUUGUGUGUUUACCACUACAUUGGUUAGCCACAGUUGUUAAAAUAUAUUGUGUGUGAUAAUUUUACAUUUUGGUAAAACUACUCAUAACGAAAACACCUCUAACCUAUGCUCUGCAUAAGGCACAAGCAUUAUUUCUAUUUUCUGCCGUGAUUAUUCAUCCUUUUGUGCUCUAUUUAAUAAUAGACAAGCUAAUAUUUUAGUUAAAAAUAGUUGCUUUAAGAGGCCAACCAGGUGUUUUCAAGAAUAAUUUCACAACCAAUCUUUAAAGAGAGCUUUAUUUCGGGGACUGUGUUCCAUGCAGCAUGGAAAUUCAAAUAAAAGCAAAUAAUGAAUGCAGCUUUCCAGCUGCAGUAUGCAUGUGAAUUGUUACAUGUGCAUAUAAGGAAGGGGUAGUUCAAAUUAGCACACUUUCUGGUUCUGUAAAAGUACUAUAAAACGAAAGGACAUUGUAAUUGUAUUUUAUUCACUGUAUUGGUGAAAACUAAUUGGUAGCUGUUUUUCCUACACCUAGUCCUACUGACCUUUUUAAUAUUUUGGAAGAUCAGAGCUAUAGGCCAUAAUCCCUAGCAUGCAUUAGAAUUAAGCUACAUAGGUUGGGAAAUGGAACUUUAUUUUGGCCAAAAGAAAGUGGAGUGGAAGGGGUUUCUGUCUAUUGAGUCAUAUUUUGGAGAGUUAUGGCUGAGGGAUAUGCCAUGUUGGGUUUUGGGCUCAUCCUGCAUUUCUGCCAUGUAUACGAUCUGUGGCCUUGUGCAAGUCUUCACCUAAUAUAGUCUAGUGUGAGGGCAACAGAGCCAGAUUGUUUUCAGCAUCUGAUAUUCAGAAGUAUGCAGUCUCUGCCCAUUUAGAUCCCGGAUCACAUGGAGGGGCUUGGUUAAGUGGAGCAGUUAGGGGCAGCUUUGCAUGGGUGGAAUUGAAGAAAUUUGUGAUGAGAGGGGAGGACUUGCAGUACCCACACUUUGAAAGUACCAGCCCCCAUUAAGUACCAGCACAUGUCAAAUAACUGAAUUUCUAAAUAAUUUAAAAUGCUUUAUAGAUUACACAUCAAAUAUAUGAAGCUGCCUUUAUACUGGCUCAGACCAUUAGUCCAUCUAGCCAAGCACAAUAAACGGGCAUUUUAAUGAGCUCUCUGCUUUACCAUGCAGAGUGAGGAGCCAAGAUCUAAAAAGUGCAGAAAAAAGCAUAGAAAAGGAGCAUAAAAGAUGUGGGGUGGUGGGAAAUUUACUAGAGUUUUGAGAUGCUGAAUGACAAGCUGUAGAGUAAUCACAUUUUUACAUAAAAUACAUAAACAGAAAUACUAUCUGCAAUUGCUUCUCCUUGAAGCAAUAAAAUGAGAUGUGGAAUAACAACAGAUAAUUUCACUGAAAACCUGAAGUGUGGUGUUAUGCACACAUGCUAUAGAUAUUAAAAUUAUUAGAGGCACUUUUGGUAGCAAGGGUGAUGUGCACAGUAAGAGUUUAAAGAACAUCAAAGGAAAGUGGAGAACAUGCAGCUGCUAUAAGCACUGAAGUACUGGUUUCCUUUUUUCCCCACCCCAGACCUCUUGGUCUUGGUGGAACUCUUAAGUGGUAGACUGAUCUGGGGAUAAAUGGUUGGUGAUAGUUUGUGGCUUUUUCAGCAAAAGAGCUGCCUUGGAAUUUACUUCAAAAAUAAAACUCAUUCAAAGCAGUCAUGUUUACAUAGAUCUGUACACAUAGUUUGGAUAAUAUUGUCAUGUAUUAAACUGCUUUUCCUUAGAAAUAACUCAUGGGGUAAAACUAUAGCUACACAUUGGUGCAUCCCUCUCACUGCUCUACAAUACCUUUAGCCAUCCUUUCAUGGCUAGUCAAAUGAAACAGAGACAGAAUAAAACGUAAACAUUAACUCAGCAAAUAUUCAAGGACCUGUAAAGUAACCAAAAGCUGCUGAGCAUGGGGAGGGGGGGAGGUGUCAAGGAUUUAGGAAGCUGGUUCAAAAGGCCAAAGAUCCCCAGCUGUGAUCUUGCUCUCACCCAGAGAAUCUGAGAACCAUGUGAAGACAGUGUCCUGGUGGCCUCUGAAUAUAUUGCACCCAAAAGAAUAAUCCAAACCAAUUGCUCUGGUUUUAGCUUACAUGUACUGGAAUGAAGAAGUAUUUCCUUUAUUUCACUUCUGUAUAAUUUAACCAUUUCUUCUUGUUAUUUGUGGCUGGGGUAGAGCUUAGUUCUACUGUACUGAAAAUUACUCUGUAGAAUCAAUUGUAUUUAAUGCAUGUCACUAUUAAAGAUUACUGCAUUCAUAUUAACUAUACUUUAACUGGAAUUGUAAAGGGGGGGAAUACAGUAACCAUCUAUUCAAAUGUUUGAUUAUAGUUGCUUUGCAUGAUUGAUUUGUUCUAAUACUAUUACAGUCAGCCAUUAAUAAGGUAAAUCAGUGUAGUGCAGUCACUGAAUCAGGGUUUCAGCACUAUCAGAACUGUAAUCAAAUUUGUAUUUAUGUUCUCAUAUUAAACAUGAUUUGUGAGACUUGUAACUUAGUAAGAGAUUUUUCAUCAUUGACAGGCAGGGUGUGUAUGGAGGAAGGACUCUUCCUGCAGAUAUUUUGUCACUAAAGGGUUGAGCUCAGUGUCAGAAGUGGGCCCUGAGACCUGGCAUGAGGCUUGGUGCAAUUCCUCCAACUGCACCUUUAUCAUCCAGACCUGUAACAAUGGGUGUUUUCGUUUUCAUUUUACCACCUGCUGUUGAUGGAAUUGCAUUCUUCCAUACAAAAACAACAGCCCUGCACAAACAAUGACUACUAGCCACGAUGGCUACUUUCUACCUCCACUGUUGGAAGAUGUAUGCUUCUGCAUGCUAGUUGCUGGGAACUGCAGGUGGGGAGGGUGCUGUUCAGCUCAGGUCCUGUUUUCUGACUUCCAUAGGCAUCUGGUUGGCCAUUGUGAGAACAGAAUGUUGCACUGCAUGGGCCAGUGGCUUGAUCCAGCAUUUAAACAUGCAAUAUGAAGUGAUGCAGUUAGUAUGAAAGUACUGCUUCAGUGAGAACUAUGCAGGAGUUAUCACAGGAAGAGCUGGAAGAAUGGGAUGAAAUAUCAAAGUGUGAGUGAGUGAGUGAGUGAGACUAUACAAUAGGUAAUAAUUCACACAGUCCGUUCAGUCUUUUCUUGCUGUUUUAUCUCAACAAUAACACUGGAAUGUUGUACUGAAAAACAGUUUGCAAGCAAUUUGUUUUUUGGAGAUGUAUUAUUUGGAGAGAGAAUCUCAUUUUUUCUAGUCACGGAGCACAAAACAAGUCUGCAGUCCUUAUUUUUCUAGAACACUUUUAUUGUAGACAAAUUGUGGUUUGCAGAAAGCCAUAUGAAUGAGAGAUGGAUAAAAGUCAUGUCUGCAGAGAAUGCAAAAAGAGUGUUCCUGGAAAUUUGAGAUAGUCUUUAAAUUUUAUUAGAGUAGUGUGAUACAGGGGAAAUUGUGGUUUGCAGAAAAUUAUCCUUGUCUCCCAGUUCCUACAUAACACGUGCUCAGUUUCCCAGACUCUCUGUAGAAGGGGAAUCUCAUCAUUGUGAAGAGACAGGAAUCAUACAAGGGCAUAGAGGGAAUUUUACUGGCAAAUUUAAAAAAUGGCUUCAUCCUUAUUUGUAUUAUACUGACAUGACUUUCACAGGACAUCAUGAAUUCUAGAUAGAGAUUUUCAGAGUUCGCUGUAAAAUGCAUAUAUUUUUAAUCAGGAAAAAGUAGAAAUAUUCCAUGGCUAUGAUCCUGAGUUUGUUCUCAAUGGCAGGAGUGCCCACUGAACAGAAGUCUACUCUUGUGACACUCUCGGCAGUGAAAAGUGGGUGAUUUUCCACUGCAGCCGCUUAUGAUGCCAAAAAUGUUUUUAAAGGGCUUGGGGACUCUCUGAAGCAGCAUGAAAGGUGGCUCAAGAGGAAGGAAGAAUUGACAAAACACAGACUUGCCACUUUUUUCUGGUGUGACCGUUGCCUGGAUCAUGGUCUCAUUUAUGAAUGGCAGCAACUCUUUUUUUUUGAAGAACGUAGUUAGCAUCCUGGGCAAUUUCAUUUAUUAUCCUUCCUUAUACUAUCAUUUUUAAAAAUCAUUUUUAAAUUUCUAGUUCAACAACACAUACACAGCCUUAGUUUAAAACUUAAAAGCUAUUCAGAUGUCUGAUAUGUGAAUGAAAGUCAUAUGAAAAGUCAGUGACAGAGUUUGGUUGGAUGGCUUAUUUUCUAAUGCAAUGGCUUGUUUUGUGUGUACACUUCUUUUACAUUCUGUGACUAUGAAAUGUGAUUUCCCUCCCUCUGUAGGGUGUACCUCAGUUACCUUGUGCCAAAGCAUUAUAUAACUAUGAGGGGAAAGAGCCUGGAGAUCUUAAAUUCAGCAAAGGAGACAUUAUCAUAUUACGUCGGCAAGUUGAUGAAAAUUGGUAUCAUGGAGAAGUUAAUGGUGUCCAUGGAUUUUUCCCGACCAAUUUUGUCCAGAUUAUUAAACCUUUACCUCAACCUCCACCUCAGUGCAAAGCACUUUAUGACUUUGAAGUUAAAGACAAGGAAGCAGACAAGGAUUGUUUACCCUUCUCAAAGGUAAAACAUAAUUUUUUAAAAAAUGCUUUAAAAAAAAAUGUUUUGAAAAAUACAUUGAAUUUUGCAUACCUCAUUGUUGCCACCUAGUGUCACGUUUGUAUAUUGCACUUUAUAACACAUUUAAAAUGUUUUAGUUGCAGCUGUGUAGCUGAGUCCUUAGUGACAGACAUAUAUGAGCACCCAGAGUUUAUACUUACUAUUUUUCUAAUUCUUUCCUUUCCUACCUACAGAUAUUUACUUGUUCCCUUAUUAUUAGAAGCUCUCUUUUUUUGUUUGGGUUUUUAAAUUUUGAGAAUUAAUACCUUCAUUUCCCCUAAGGACAAUGUUUUAACUUUUAUUUUAAGUAUAAUUCAUGAUGGAAUUAGUUCGAUUUCCCCUGCCACCAGUUCAUUCUCUCAAAGAGAGGGCUCAAUGUCACCUAGUAAGCCCCAUGGUAUCCUAAGAAGUUGAACUUAUCUGCCCUGUUCAAAUCUGAACACAUUGUAUGUUAUACUAAAUUGGCUCUUUAAGACUGUUUAUAACUGGAUGAAGUUAAUUUCAGUUUUUCUGUUCCUCAGUCUGAUUUACCCCCCCCCCCCAGCUAAGUAUAUUAAAUUAUUAAAUGUAUUUUAAUUUAUAUAUAAAUGGAAGAGCUUGGCUUUAACUUUUAUAGAAUUCCAAUGGAUUGCUCUGGGAAAUAGCCAUGAGAAUAAUGGUGUUGUUGGUUGCUUCUGUUUUAAUUAAUUCUCAAACUUGGGUCCCCAGCUGUAGCUGGACUACAACUCCCAUCCUCCCUUGCUGGUAGGACCAGUGGUCAGGGAUGAUGAUGGUUGUAUUCCAACAACAGCUGGGGACCCAAGUUUGAGAAAUAGUGCUAUUCUUGAUCAGGAAAUGCAUGUGUUCUUAAAAGAAAUUAGUUGUUUAAUUGUGUAUUUCUUUUUAAUGUAGGAUGACAUUCUGACUGUGAUUCGCCGAGUAGAUGAAAACUGGGCUGAAGGAAUGUUGGCUGACAAAAUAGGAAUAUUUCCUAUUUCAUAUGUUGAGGUGAGAGAACCAUAAAAGUAUUUUAAUAUACAAUAUAAUAAUGGUAGAAAAUGUAAUAUAUACUUGCAAUAAACUUGUUACUUCCUAGAUAAUCUUGGUGGCCAGCCUCACUAUUUUCUGUGCUUUGAAAUGUAGGGACAAAUUAAGAGUUCCGAUAAAUUCAGUUAUGUAACAGAUACACGCUUUUAUUGUGAGCUGAACUUGUCACAGAAUCCAUGGGUGCAACUGCAGGACAAAUUGGUAUUUGUUCAUUGUGUAUGUUGAAAUCUAUUCAUUCAGAACUGGUAGUGUGGAAAUAUUGUGGGAUAGGGAGCAAAGGUGUCCUUUAAAAAAGUUCUUGAGUUUGUGUUUAUUCUCUCAUCACUUAUGUAAAACAUCACUUUUACAUUUAUGGCAUACCAGUGUUGGAAUUUUAAGAAACAAAAUUCUGGAAACAGAAACUGAAUUGAGGAAUUCCAAGAAACCAAAAAAAAACAGUUCAGUUUUAAAAUUGGAGGUUAAAAUUGCUGUAGUUUAGGUCUGUCACUGCCAUCUUGAUUUAAAAUGGCAUCCAAGCAUAUCUACAGAUGGAUAAAAAUCUGCUCCUCAGUCUCAGGUACCAUCUUGGUUAUGAUAUCUUAAGAGGUGUCCAAAUACAUAGCAAACGAACAACUUUCCAAAAUAUUUUAUUUAUUUAUUCACGAGAUAACCACGAGAUGGUGUGUGAGAGUCUCCUUGAUCACUUUUCUGAAACACUUGCAUCCCUGCUCUCAAUCUCUUAGGGCUUAUGAUCAAAGUACUGACAAUUAUGAAUAAAUGAUACAUUUUAAGGAUCAUUCUGACAAUAUACACAUAGAAAUGGAGAAUCAGCAGAUAGCUCAACCCAAAAUUUCCAAAUAGGAAACUUUCAAAAAUUUGUUUUUGAAAUGACAGCCAAAUGUAUAGUCUUUCUUCCUCUCUGCCCCCCUUUCAUGUUGUCAGUUGCUGAGGUGCCCCAACAAACAGCUUCAUGUUUUCCUUUCUUGAAAAAAAAUGUCUUUAAAAAAGCCAUUUUCCAUUUGAAACACCAGCUUCCUUCAUGUGCAAGCACAACUGAUUAUUCAUUUUUAAAUUCUGCGUGUCAUUGUUUUGCAGUUUAACACAACAGCAAAGCAGCUGAUAGAACUGGACAAGCCCUCAGGUUUAGCAGGAGACUCUGGAGAAGGCACGUCUGGUGCAUCCCAUAGCAAUUCAGUUCAAAAGCACACGGAUACCAAGAAGAACACCAAAAAACGCCACUCCUUUACCUCUCUUACCAUGUCCAACAAGGCUUCGCAGGCUUCUCAGAAUCGUCAUUCAAUGGAAAUCAGUCCUCCUGUCCUCAUCAGCUCUAGCAACCCUACUGCUGCAGCCCGCAUCAGUGAACUUACAGGCCUUUCCUGCAGUGCACCUUCUCAGGUAAUUUUCUAGCAGUAGAAUACAAAGCAUAUCAUAGCUUUUUUUAGAUGAACAAUUUAAAAGGUUGUCAAAAUAAGUGGAAGAUAAUUGUGACUGACUUUCUGAGUUUGUGCAAGCAGUCAUUAAUUAUACGUAAAGGGACAAUUUUCAUGCACUCCCAAAAUAUUAUAAGCUGAAGAGAGCUGUUACUGCUCUUUAAGUAACUGAAAGGUUUAUUUCAAUAUGAAUAGCUUUUUGUUUAAAAACAUGGAUGGAACAAAUUACUUUUUCAAUAUUUUGCAUGAACUACUAAAGUAUAUGACAUUUUGAUUUCUUGAACAAAAUAGAGUAGAAAAAUAUCUGUCACUAGGCUGGCUGAAGAUGGUCAUGGGGAAUACUAAUGUAUUUUGGGGUGGGUAAAUAUGAACUUAAGGGAGGGUGUGGUUUUACCUUGACUGGAGAGGGGUUGUGGGGGAGUGGUGUCAUUACCGUGGGAUAUUCUGAAUUACAAAGGGAAUGUUGCUGGACUGCUGAAGGUAGCCAUCAUUUGAAGCGGGAAAAGUCCCAUUCCAAAUAUUAAUCCAGUCUUCGGGGUGAUGUUCACCUCACAUCCUGAAAGUAAUGAAAACACUUGGACUGAAUACAUUGGCCCACCACUUACACUAUUACUAUUACAAAUACUUGUAGUUCAUUUUAUUUUGUUUUGUUUGAAGGUUUGUGGUCCAAAACCAGACUUAACACUGUUUAGGAAAACCCCACUGGUUCAUAUGCUCCAUUCAUAACAGUAGUUAUUUUAUCUGCUGAUAGGCCCAUAAUGAGUUUAACUUUUUUAAACGUUUUGAUAGGUUCAUAUUAGCACUACGGGGCUAAUUGUGACCCCACCACCCAGUAGCCCAGUGACAACAGGGCCUUCAUUUACCUUUCCACCUGAAGCAACCUACCAAGCUGCUCUUGGUGUAAGUACAGUUUGACAUUAUGUUGUAGUUUUAUCUGAAUUGCCCUUUGUUUUUACAUAAAUCUAGAAGCUACAGUUUUUGCAAGCUGCUUUGAGGUGUAUUGUGGGGGAACAUUUGAUUUCUAUAUAAUGAAUUUUGCCCCUUUGGAAAAUAAUACAUGCUCUGAUAGUAGGACUGAAAGACUCUUGUGGCUUCCAAAAUAUUUCAAACCCAGAAUCUAUUAUGAAGUGCUAUGUUGAAUUAUUCCCUUUAAUAGUGAAGCGCAGUAACCAAGAAGUUAAAUGAGGCCAUCCAAAAAUCAGAUCAUGGCUUCUGCAUGCUUGAGAGACACCUUAGGUAUGCAGAAAUAUGCAAGUUCAAGAAAUUAAAACAAAACUGCCUGGUAGGUACCUCUGCCUUUACAGAAUAUUGAAGACAGUUGACUAUAUAGAGACAGGAUGUAGUCUUAAGCAGUGAUUCUGAACCAGUGGGCCAUGGAUCCCUUGAAGGCUGUGGAGUAACCUCAAGGGGUCUUUGAAGCUAUUGUCAGCAGCAGUGGCACAGUACAGCAAAUCCCUUAGGUGGUGGGCUGGAGUUUGGAGCUGGGACAGAAGGGCUGGGAUGCCGAUAAGGCAGAGCACUCAGAUAACUAGUUGUUGUCCUUCAUCUGAUGUGCUCCGAGUGCUGCCACCCAUCGGCACCUCCUUGUUCACCCUUUCUUCAUGCAGGGAGCCCAACCUGUCCUUGCACAGGGUGCAGCCCACCUUCAGAAAGACUACCCAUCCAGGAUAAGAGGAACUCUAUUCUUCCUUCCCAUUGGAUUUUCCCAACUGCUUUCUUGCCUCUUCUCUUUAGCACGGAUACCAUGGACAAGUCAAUGCAUAGCAUAGGUGGCUGGCAGAGAAAGCAAAAAAACAGCUGCGUGCUGUGGUGUGUUAGGAGAAGAGGCAGAAGAAGGAGCUGCUGUUGCUGCUUGCAGUCAUUUGGAGGAGUCUUUUAUCCCUCCAGUGCUACAUCCCUUUUUAUUUCUGCAGAGCACCUGGCCUUCCUUGCGUGGGCCCGUUUUAAUUUGACAGCCUGAAAAGGAGAGAGGGGGCACAAUUGGCCUGUGAAAGAGUGCUUUUGAAUGAAUGGAAUAUUGGCUUUAUCCCAUUUUUUUCAUUCAUUCAAGAAGGAAAAAAGAAGGGGGCAGUGAGCCUGCUCAUUAAUUCCUUCUUAAUUUCCAACCUUCAUUUCUACUUAGAAAUGAGAAGACAUGGAGAAACUGUACGUAGUCUUUUCUCACUCCUAGAUCUAUAUUGUGGCUGGAUUCCAGCCUGUAAUUUCUUACAGUUGUGAGAAGUACAUUCUCCCUCUGUCUGUCUGUCUGUCUGUCUCUUCCUCUUCGCCUCCCACCCUUUCUCUAAGAAAAGUUAUUUGUUAAACAAUCAAUACAGAAUCAGGUUGAGCUGAAUGGAAGUUGGUAAGCAUUUUGGUGCAUUGCCUGUAAAGUUUAUGUUGCAGAAUAAUGAAAGUUCAUUGGUGUACCAUAAUAGGUUAACUCUGUUGUUGUUAUUGGCACUGAAUGAAAUCCAGGCAAUAUGAAUGUUCAGUUCUCUGUGAUAGCAGGGAAUCUGCACAUGGUAGGGAUGAGUGCAUAAGUGAAACUAGUAUUUUUAAAAAAUUUUAAAGAAAAUUUUAUACAAACUGUUGGAUAUAUACUUGAUUAUAGAAUUGUUAGGAGGUGGCUUGGGUUUUUGAAACAUAGUUUGCCACACAGCUUUAGUUGCUGCUACUCAAAAACAAUUUGAGGUUUUACAGGUUCAUGGGACUAGUUUCACAAUUUUAAAGUAGCACGUUUCCUAGAAUGUGUUGCAAUGCGUAUUUUCUGAAAUGUUAGGUUGCUUCUUGUAGGAUGGAUAUUAGUCACAUUUUGUAUUCACAUUUUGAAAAUUACCUGAAUUGUCUUAUGAAGAAAAUCAUUCUUGUGAAGAAUAUGUAGGGAAGUCGCACAGAAAGUCCUUGGGCUGUUAAGUGGAGUAGAAACCUGUAAAAAGUAGCAAAACCUUUUAUUAUAUAUACACUGCCAUGUAUUUGCUGCUGAGUGAUGUAUGUGAGCUUCUAUUUUCUGACACUUUCCAAUACGUAAUAUGCAAAGUGUAAGUUUGGCUGUAGUGAGUGGUUAAUUGUUUCUGAGCUGUUUCAAUAUGUAUUGACAAAAUAAAUAAUCCCAUUUAGUCAAGUUAUUGAACUUUGUUAGCUUGAUUUAAUGCUUGCUAAUCUGAUAAGAGCUAGAAAGUGUUUACAGCUCUUAAUCAAGGGCAAAGUACUUCCCAGGGUAUUUAUCUAUGUGUAUGAACAAACCAACCAACCAGUCAUGUCACCUGAUUAGAAAUACGUAAUAUGGAUUCAGGUGUCAGGGAACUAUAUAAUGAUUAUUUUCUAUAUUGAGUAGUAUAGCUUUCAACUCUGUAAGUAAGACCAUUGAUCCCACUCCUCUAUUUCUUACUUCCUGGUUCCUAAGUGCUUUAGAAGGAUAGUAACUGCUAGGUUUAAUCAUAUACUCUGAGACCAGAAACAAGCACAUUCCCAUUUGAUAGUUAUGAAGCACCUUGCAGUUUGCCCAAGGAUGCUAAAAUGCUAAUGCUAACCCCUGGCUAUGGUACAGCACAGGAUAUGAGAUAUAUCAGCAUCCAAAUAUCUGAGGGUAUUUGAACCAGGGCCCCAGUGACUGUGUGUGACUUCAUUUGCAUGUUGCCACUACUACUCUGACCAGCCUCUUUUCAUUAAACAACUCUUUAAAACAGGGGUCAGCAAACUUUUUCAGCAGGGGGCCGGUCCACUGUCCCUCAGACCUUGUGGGGGGCUGGACUAUAUUUUUUUGGGGGGGGAAUGAACGAAUUCCUAUGCCCCACAAAUAACCCAGAGAUGCAUUUUAAAUAAAAGCAUACAUUCUACUCAUAUAAAAACACACUGAUUCCCGGACCGUCCGCAGGCCGGAUUUAGAAGGUGAUUGGGCCAGAUCCGGCCCCCGGGCCUUAGUUUGCCUACCCAUGCUUUAAAAGGAAAGAGGAAGUAAAUCAGGUAGAAUUGGAACCACCUGCCUCCUGAGAACUUUUAUUUCUGCUUUGCAUAUGUGGAUCUCCCUUGUUUGUUGUGGUUGCCUCUUUACUCCAUUUGGAGGGGGAUUGGAACAAGCAACAUCAUGAAUGUAUUUGUUCCUGCUUUAACAGAUGCCUAAUGGAUCUCUGUGGCUGCUGCCUAGUUAUCAUGUUGUGGGUAUGGCAAUGUGAUGAAACUGUCUGCAGGUCAGCCUGUAUGGGUUGGCUGCCUUUGUGUCAAUGUAGUGUGUGGAAGUUGUUGCUGUAUAGUUACUGAUUGGUAGGCUGUAGCAGAGUUUUCAGGGAUGCUGUGGGCAUGCCCAUCAUUUUUAAAUAGUAAUUGAAUUUUCUGGUUGUGUGUUUUCCCCCUGUCCUGGUUUGAACACUCAUAAUCUGUAGUGGCUGGGUAUCUCUGGUUCUGACAUAAUGUGAAGUAUCAGCAACAACAUAGAGAAUAGUCUGAAGUUUUACAAAUGAAAAGAGUAACUAAGGGAUCCAAGAAUAGAGCCGCAUUAGAAACUGCCAGUUAAAAGAGCUCUUUCCAUUGCUUAUCUCAUAAUUUUCAAUCCUAAAUUUUGAAUAAUGGCACUUAAAAUAAAACAGUAAGAGGUACCUUUUGUACCCCAGCUGUCAAAGGGAAUUUUGCGGUCAAAGGGAACAGCUAUUUUAUUUUAUUACUUUAUUUAACUAUUUAUCUAUUUAUUUAUACCAUGCCUUUUCUCCCUAAGAGGGACUCAAGGUAGCUCACAUAAAAAUAAGAACAGCUAAAAACAUAGAGAAAAACAAAGUAAUGUUUGGGUGGCUUGUUGUUGAAAUUUGUUGCUUACUGCAUUACAGCUUCUGGUUUCAAAGCAGCCAUGGAUUGCAGUCCUUUUCAGACCACUGAAUAUUGGAAAUAUGUUUGAAAAACUUUUGCAUUGAAAUGUGUGGAUAAAUGAUAUUAUAUGCAUGAAAUAAAUGUUAUAAAGAGACUUAAGUAGUUAUUUCUCUGUUUUUCCCCCUUUCCUUUUGCCUAUACAAUUAUGUUUUGUAUUUUCUUAUAAAUGAGUAUUAGUUUUAGAGUUUAAUAUGGUUUUAAAAAUUCAAUAAAAUUGUCAUUAAAAAAGAAAUGUGUUUUUAGACGCAAUGCUUUGAGCUUGUUUCUUUGUUGCUUAAAAUUUUGUUUUUUAAAAAAGAAAUACAAGGAAUUGUCCCGUUACAUUGUAUCAGAAAAUGGAGAAAUUGGUGUACAGUGGAACCUCUACUUACGACCACUGGAUCCAAGUCAAUUUGGGAGUGUGUAACUGUGUGUAACUGUGUGUAUCAAUACCAUUUUCAGCUGAAAAUUGGUGCCAAAAUGACAUUAAAUUUCUGAAUAUUUUAUUUCUAGACACUGAAUCCCCCUCUACCACCACCACCUCUCUUAUCUGCUACAAUAAUUGCUCCAACCUCUGCUGGGCUGCCUUCAGGAGCAGCUCAAAAAUCUGCAGCGGGAUCAACUGAGCAAAUAGCACAUUUGCGCCCACAGACAAGACCAAGUGUGUAAGUGAAAUAAAACUUGUUGAGUAUAACCUUGAAAUGGUAUCAAAGAGCAGAAUUGCCAAAGGAAAAAAAUUCAAGUAUUUCUGGAUAGACAAGGAAUGUUUGACUUGUCAUCUGGGGUGAAAAGUGCCUGGUGCAUGUGAAAGGGAUGGCCAAGGUUCUCAUUGCACCAAGAUCUAGAUUGGCUACCAUGACCAGCCAGGACUGGUCAUGAACAACAAUAGCAGAUUAUAUGAGGUACAGAAAAUCCCUGGAAUGGUUUUGCCUGACACAGCAGGCUCGUUCACACAUAAUGCUAAACCAUAAUCUAUUAAACCAUGGUGUAGCAAUAUGUGUGAGUCCAAAAGCUUUACUAUGCUUGUAAAGGUUUGUAGAUGGUGUAUAAAACUUAGAUAAUGUUAACUAUAACAGUGUUAUGUGUGAACCCAGACCUCCUCUAUAACUAUUGUUGAAGAUGUGUGUCACUGCCCAAAAGCUACAGUGCCAUGAGUGAUGAAUGUAAAAAAAAAUAAAAAAAAUCAUACUGCUCUUGCUGGUACUUUUAACUGUUCUGAGAUGUAAUAAAUCAAGGUUUAAGUUAUUGUCUGCCAGAUGCCUCAGCACUGAUUAUUAUUUAUUAACUAUGCUUAAUAUUAAUUAUGGUUAAUGUUAACUGUGGUUUAACACUAUGUGUGAACCAGGCCUCUGCACUGGCAAAAGUCCUGGGACAUAGUUAAUGAUUCAAAUCAGGUCUCCUGGGUAGGAGCUUAAUUACAACUUGGACCAGCCAAUGGACAAGUAGGCUUCUAUAUUGACCCUCAAGGGAUAUAUGCAAAUGACGGAAGACAGAUGAAAUCAAGAAUGGUUCUUUCAACUAUUGACAUUUUACUCUUUAACUGUCACCAACAUUUGGACAUUUGAUAAGGAGUUAGGGACAGAAUUCUUUGGAUAACUCUUUGUAUGUGCAGCUAUUUCUCUGAUUGAAAUUUCUGUGACUACCUAAGGCGCUACUUCCCAUUCUUAAUGAACCCUCAUGGCUCAAUUUUCAAGCAGCAGUCACUCUGCAAGGGAAGCCAUGACUUGCUUAGGAACAGUUUUUUUGUCUAGUUUUUCCUGCAGACCAUUAUAAACAGUUUUGUUUUCUAGGUAUAUCGCUAUUUAUCCAUAUACUCCUAGAAAAGAUGAUGAACUGGAAUUGAGGAAAGGAGAGAUGUUCUUGGUGUUUGAACGUUGUCAGGAUGGCUGGUUCAAAGGAACAUCCAUGCAUACAAGCAAAAUUGGUGUGUUCCCUGGCAAUUACGUGGCACCAGUCACAAGGUGAGGCUUUCAGUUGAAGUAUCUUUUACAAAGAAAAGGGGAAGCAACUCCAGAUUUUCUGUGGUGGUGGUGGCUUGUUGGGAUUGGGAGAAUAGGCCUUAUUUGGUUUAAUAAGGUGUGCAUAAACUAUUUGCAUUACUUUUAACAGGGCAGUGACAAGUGCGUCCCAAGCAAAAGUCCCUGUAUCUACUGCUGGUCAGACAGGGAGGGUGGUGACUAUGGUCAAUACUUCCACUGCUGGAGGAACAUUGCAAAAACUUCAGGGAAAUGGUGUGACAAUGAACGCCAGUGCAGUACCAACAGCAGUGGUCUCUGCUGCACAUAUACAAACCAGUCCACAGACCAAGGUUCUUAUGCACAUGACUGGCCAAAUGACAGUCAACCAGGCUCGCAAUGCAGUUAGAACAGGUAAAACAUUGCUUUAUUCCUUGGCUUAGGUAAUAGUAUGAUCAGGAUGAACUUCUCUGAGACCCCAUGUAUCUUGUCAUGGGUGGAAUGUAGUACAUGAUGGCUAUGGACCAACUCCAGUGUCAGAGAGAAUCUGCCUAUGAAUAUUAUUUGCUGAGAAUCAGAAGUAUUUAUAUUUACAUAUAAAUUUUAUCUCUGUACAAUAGUAUUCAAUAUAGCAUCAGGUACUGGUCAGAUAUUUUUAAUACCAUAAAAGAUGGUUUGGAGAUCUAGGUUGCUAUACUGAAAUACCCACACAUGCCAUUUUUAAUGCUUGAGACUGUGGAAUUAAUAGUGUGAUAAAUAACACAACAAGUGGAUGCUGUAUUGUUUUCAGUCUCAUGAUACUAUGUUUCCCCCUCUCAUUGCAGUUGCAAUACACAGCCAAGAAAGACCCACAGCCACCGUGACGCCCAUUCAGGCUCAAAGUUCAGCAUGCCUUAUUCCUGCUGCUGUAAUUAUUCCGCACCAUUCUGUUGCCUCCCAACAGCUCCAACCUCAGCUUUCUAAUGCUGCUGCUUACAUCACUGCUGUGAAUAUCAACCGGACAAAUCUCCCAUUAGCUUGUACAACAGCAUCUCCUGGCACUUCUGCAUCUCUGGAUGGAGAUGCAAAUGGGAGAACUGUGACUGCCCCUCCUGGAGCUCCAGCUUCCCCAGAGAAUACAUUGGUAGCUGGAGGAAUUACUACUGUCAGUAAAUCAGAUAGAGAUGGCAAGGUGAGCAUGACAUUUUGGUUGCCGCUCAGGAUGUUUUUCUUUAAUAGAUAACCCAAUAGAUAGAGGGGACUCUUUAUUAGGUGUAACUCCAAAGCUUGCCACUUAGUUUAUUCUUAUCACCUUUAGUGCCAGAUAGUGGCUUGCUUUGUGUAUCACAUUAAACCAUAAUUUAAAACAAUGUGAAUGAGCAGUAGACUAGUAGACAAUUUCAAAAGUUCCUAGAGUGUUCCUUUGGCUUUUCUGUUUCUGUUGCACCAUAGCUGAAACAAGCUGGAGUCUGCCUUGUGUCAUCUGAAUCUUUAAACAAACCAUGCGUAUUAACAAAGGUUUGUUCUUGGCUUACCGCUUGUGUUUUGUUUAAAAGAAACAAACCAACUAUGAGCAUGGGUUUAGAUGGCAUGACAACACAAACUCCAGCUUGCUUUGUCUUCAGCACAGCAAGAGCAGGGGAGGACUGCCCAGGAACCUUUGAGCAACAAACACCAGAAUGCUGUUCAUUCACAUUAAACCAUAUAUUUUUAUGAUUUGAUGUGACAGCAAAUUAGGCUAGUGCCAGGCUUGGCUUCUUUAUGUAAGAAGUAAAGUAUGGUCAGAUUUUUGUUCCUUUAGGAGGGAAAACAACUGUAAUGGAAUGGAAUUCCUGAUGUUACUAAAAUAUCAGAAGUAGAAUUUUAUUGAAUAAAUGGAUGAAAUUUUUGUAUAUAACAGUUCCAUUGUUUCUGUUAUGUGCCACACUUCACUUCCAGUAUCCUGGGCCCUUCUGAUAUUUAGAGCAGAGAUGAAUAUUUUCAACAUGCAAGCAACAAAAAUAUUGAACACUUUAUUGUUGCUUCUCUCAUUGGAUUUUGUAUAUAACAUUUCAGGUAUACUUGAACAUCCUAGGUACCACCAGUUUUAUUGUACAGUUGGAUUGCUGGUUAGGACAGCAGUGGGGAACCUCCAGCUCUUGAGCCCAAGAAAGUGUGGCAGAGGUCCUAAUAUAGCCUGCAAGGCUGCUUUUGUAAGACCGUGCCCACCUCCUCCACACCUAAUGUCAUAUGUGACAUCAGGUGUGGAACAGGUAAAGAUGCAGUAGCAAAGGAUCCAUUGAAACAUUAAAGUGCACUCCUGAUUGUUCCUUGGCAAACAGGGCCUAGCCCUGAACUUGCAGGCAUGGUUAGGAAUUCAUAUGUUGCCUGCAAAUUGGUAUCUUUCCUCAACAGUGAAUAUUCAUGCUUCAAAACAAAUGUUUUUAUUUAUUUCCAGAAAGAAAAAAAGGGUUUGCUAAAGUUACUUUCAGGAGCGUCUACCAAGCGCAAACCUCGAGCAUCACCACCAUCAUCACCAACUCUGGAAGUUGAGCAGGCAGCUGCGGAGCUGGCCCUACAAGGUGCUGUAGGACCAGAAGUUCCAUCGGCUUCUAGUCAUGGAAGAGCUGAGUCCUGCUCUGCGGACAAUGAAACAUCUACAUCAAUGCAAGAUGUUACUCAUCGGAAAGCAAGUUCUUUGGAUUCCAGUAUUCCUAUAGCUCCCCCUCCACGGCAGCCCUGCUCUUCAUUAGCUCCAAUCCUGAAUGAAUGUAGGCCUGUUGUGUGUGAACGGUAAGUCAUUUUCUAGUCAAUAAAAUGUAAUAACGGCUACAAACUGGGCCUAGAAAUGCUAAUCAGUAAAAAUGCUAGAAAUAGAAUUCUUAUAUUGUUCCUAUGAUCACCAAAAAAUCAUUGUUGACCUAACCUGGGUUUGAAAUGUACUGUUGCUUCUGAAAUGAAAUCGUAAUAGUAGUUUGACAGUGGCUACAACCUACAGUUGCAUGCAUGUGGCAGUAAGAGAGCCCCACAUCUCUGGCUUAUACCCGAUAAAGCUUUUCCACGAUAGAUUCCUGCACAGUUGUGUUGUAGGAAUGAUGUGGAAAGUUGAUCCAGCCAAAAAGCCUAGUUGGCUGAACACUCUGUUUCUGAAUAGCAGUUGCUGAGGGAACACAUGCAGGAAAGAGCUAUCAUGGACUUCCUAUAAGCAUCUAGUUGCCCACUGUGGAAAUAGGAUACUAAACUGGAUAGCCUGUGCCUUGAUCUAUCAGCACUCUUGUUUUGCCAGUGUGGUGUAGUGGUUAAGAGCGGUAGACUCGUAAUCUGGGGAACCGGGUUCACGUCUCCGCUCCUCCACAUGCAGCUGCUGGGUGGCCUUGGGCCAGUCACACUUCUCUGAAGUCUCUCAGCCCCACUCACCUCACAGAGUGUUUGUUGUGGGAGAGGAAGGGAAAGGAGAAUGUUAGCCGCUUUGAGACUCCUUAAAGGGAGUGAAAGGCGGGAUAUCAAAUCCAAACUCUUUUUCUUCUUCUUAUGGACACAGUCCUGAACUUUAUUUUUUGAAAUAGUAUGCUAUUCUUCAGCAAGUAUUACCAGGCCAGUACCCUCUCACACACUCCUAAAGCCCUUUCAGUCUGAUUGAGUAGGUCUCUUUCAUAUAUUAAAACUAGGUGUUCAGUCAACCUUAAUAUUUCUGGUUCAUAAUUCUGUGUAUAUUAGCAUUAUUUUUUAAUAGAACUGAACUCUGUUGAAAAAUUCAAAUACUAUUGAAUCCAUUGAAACUUGAUUUCUAUCACAGUUAUUCGCUUAUCAAUAUUUUUAAUUAUUGUAAGGAGGCCAGGCACCAGAGUUCUCAACCUUGCUUCUGUUUCCUCAUAUAGUAGCAUUUUUCUCUUAUUUCAGUAUCGGGAUAUUGUAGUUUCUCAGUUGACAGAGUCUGUUUGCUUUUUCUGAGUUAGGGAAUGGUGCUUGUGUAGAUCAGUAGAGCUUGUUCUGUAGUUGAAUGGCACUCAGAACCUUGCAAUAUUAAUUUUCCUUUGACAUCUAGUACUUGAAAAAGAGAUGCUGGGAAAGAUGCUUAAUAAUCAUAUUGAAACCCAGUCUCCUCUUUGUCAAGCUCCAGUAUGUCAGAGGAAAGCAGGAAAGUCAGUGCUGUACAUAAGAGCAGGGAAUUAGUCUAGCUUAGAAGGAAAGAGCAUCACCACCCCCAUUUGCAACAGCAACAUUGCCUGAGGGCUGUGAGGACUCAGGGAAAGGAAAUGAUUAUGACAGUGAUCAGCAAUUUGUUGACUAGAGACUUCUCCAUUGUUACAAGGAUGGUCUGGGUGGAAAGCAUGGUUGCUUUGGAUUCUCUCUAACAUCCCAUGUUCUGGCCAAAAAAGAAGCAUGCGUAUUUAUUUUUACAGGACCUGCUGAGAUAUGUUCCAUUUCCUCUCGUCUGCUCUCAAAAAUGUACUACAUAUAGAUAUCAGUGUUUCAUUAUUCUGUGGAAGGAGAGGUGGUUUCUACAUAGCUGAACUGUAAGCAGGUGGUGGUAUUAUUAUUAUUUAUUAAAUCUCAGGGUGGUUCACAGAAUAAAUGUACAAGAUAAAAACACUAAAUACACAAUAAAAACAAGAACAAAAUACCCUCACACAUCGAUAACCACCUCCCUCCCUCUCCCUCCCUCCCAGGAGGACAUUUAAAAGGGUAUAGGCCAACAGCCUGGUUGAAGAUAGAAGUUUUCACUUGGUGCCCAAAGAUGUAUAAUGACGGCACCAGCCCAUCCCUCAGGGUAUGUUGCAGCCAGAGGGCUUUGAUGAACUAUUAAGCAAGAAACAUGGCUCUCUGGGCAGUACUACAGUCUUCAAUCCUGCCCCCACACCGGCUGCCACUCAAAGAGUUCUCUGAGAACAAUUGUGCAGGGCAAAUAGCCUUUGACAAUAGCUGUUAACCUGAUCCUUUUUUCUUUUUUUUUAAGCAAAGACCUUUUGCACACAAAGCAUGUGCUCAACUGCUGAACUACGGCCUCUCCUCGUACUCAUUUCUGAAUUAUAUUGCAUUAAAUUGCAUUUUAAAAGUUAAAAAAAAUUCAUGUGUUCAAUUAACCUAGUUAAGGCCUUAAUUGUGUCUUUGCUGUUGUUGUUUUACAAUUUCAUUCAAUCUGAUGAAACUUUAAAGAAAAAAUAAUGCAUACAAUAUUGUUGUAGUACUAUAGAGAGAUUGGAUUUCACUGCUGCUUAGUAGAUUAAAAAUUCACUACCAAGGUGAACCAGAAUUUAUAGACCCUGUCUCUAGCCCUUCUACUCAGUUGGGUUGGAGCUAAUAAACAGAAGUCAGGCAAAAUAAUAAGCCAUUUAUACAAUCGGGGGACGGGGACUACUAAUUUUAGAUUACGUAUUCAAACUCAUAACAUGUUCUCUGUCCCUAAUAAAAAUGUAUGUAUCCUCUUAAAAACAAAAACUGCAGUGGCACUUGCAAUUAUGUAUUUGCCGGAAUCAGAACAAAUAUUUAUGGGGAAAUAUAUUUAAUGCAAAAAUGACAAAAAGGUUACAAGCUGCUGCACUUUUCAUGUUGUUAUUACAUUUUGGCUGCUUUUGUAUUUGGGAUUUCAAUGCAUAUGUGUAAUUUCCCGGUUGAGCUUUCACCUAAGCAAGAUUGUAGAACAAUUACUUCCAUGCAUAUGGCAACUAAGGCAUAUAUUUGAACCAUAGUUAAUAUUGCCAUUUAUGUUUUCUCUAGAGCUCUAUAAUUGAACCUGAUUCUGAAUAACACAAAGCCUUCCUCCUUGGAUGUUCAUGUGAAAUAGCUUACCACUUAUGUUUUAAUCCCAGUGAGAAGUUUGCCUGUGAAUAACCUUUCAUCUGAGUAUUGUUGGGGUUUUUAAAAUCAGCACGCCCAGGUCAAAAUCAGCGCACAAACCUGUGUACUCAAUGAUAAUGCACUGUUUUAAGACCUCCUGCAUAUUUCAAUGCAUGUUCACUUGAAUUUGAGACAGAAUAGUUGGAUUUGUGAGAAGUGAUUUGAGAGAGGUUUUGCUUCCCUCGCUGUAUUUCUGUCCCUAACUAUAAUCAGUGUAUUUAUAUGACCACAUUUUUACCAGUUAUGGUGAACUCCUUUAGCAUUAUUUCAUCAUGUAUGCUACUCUUCUGCUAUAAAUAUGCAUUUCAGUUCACAGGUACUGAAUUUGAAACUUUACUAUAGUUUAAUUUGUUUAGCUAAACAAAAUCGUAUAAUAGCCACGUGUCAACUUUUAAAAAUUGUCUUUAAAACAUCCUAACACUUAAUAUCUUCCCAGAGAAUUCAGUGGAGCUAGCUUGUUUGUAUUUACUUGACAUUGCCAUGUUAAUGCAUUUUGUGUUUAGAAAAUGCACGUAUUUUUGAAAGGAUGUGAACAGUUCAAGGCAGCUUCCUGUUGCAAGUUGUAUCUGGCAAGUGUUAAGUUGUUUUUUGUUUGCAAACAAUGGCAGUCUCUGCAAUAAAAACCUGAACUUUUAUCUUCUUGCUCUGCAGAUAUAGAGUUGUGGUAUCGUAUCCUCCUCAGAGUGAAGCUGAGCUUGAACUUAAAGAAGGAGAUGUUGUUUUUGUACACAAAAAACGUGAAGAUGGUUGGUUCAAAGGCACAUUGCAGCGAAAUGGAAAAACUGGCCUUUUCCCUGGCAGCUUUGUGGAGAGUAUCUGAGAUUUGUUUCAAAUAUUUCAAAUCGCACAGCACUAUAAAAUAGCACAAAUAUUUUACAAGAGAUAGUGCAGCCAUUGAAGACUUUUUAAAUGUCUGUAAUAUAAACAAAUUUAUAUUUAUGUUUUCCAGUAUCCCACAGCACAAUUUUGCCAUAAAAAAUAUGAUGAGAGACUUGCUGGGUUUUUUUUAUUAUUAUUUUGAAUUUUUAAGUGUAAUGUGUGCCUUGUAAUGUCUGAUCUCACACUACACAGGAAGAUUUCUUCCAAAUAUGUAACACAAAAGAGCAAUUGUUUACAAGGCUGUAACUAAUUUAUUCUUAAUUUUCUAAACUUGAAUUCUGUUUAAUAGCUUAAUCUUUGUGAUUAUGAUUAACAACUUAUUAAUUUAUGAAAUGAGAAAAGGAGAAGCUGGAUUAUCUCCUUAGAUACAAAGGCAUAGUUUCUGACAGAUUGCUUUCUCCCACUGUGCGUGACAGUGAAGUGAGUUUGUUUUAUGGGGUAAUGUUGGCUGUAAUGAUGGUGAUGUGGUGUCAAAUUGAACCUGCAAACUGGGAUAAAAUGGUACCGUGAGCUUUUCUUAUUUUGGGUGAGAAACUAUCUGUCAAUGGACAAGUCUAAAUUCUCCAGACAGUGUAAUAUUUCUGAAAGGCAAAGCUGUAACUACAACAGAGUUAACGUUCACAGAGUGAGAAUAAAAAAUGGUGAAAAUGCCAGGAAAUGGGAAACAACUUUCUCUAGCUUCUGCUUAUUCAAGAGUUUGGGACAUCUGUCAAGAUACUGCUUUGUGGAUCUGGCUAGUUCUUUGGCACUCACAGAAUAUAAAUGAGAUUAAAAUAUGUUCUGCAGAACAAUGAGAAAUAGUAAUUAGCUGCAAGAACUGGUAGAAUUCAAAAUUUAAAUCCAAGUUGCAUUCACUGUCUAAAUAUGCCAAGAAAUGUCAUUUACUUAUUUUACCUUUACAAAGUGAUUUGCAUGGCUGAGAGACAAUUUUACAAUGUUUGAGCAAUAGUGGUGGUAAGUGAUACACUUGUGUUUUUAAAGUAAAGGCUGUAAGAACACUGUGAAAAUUUUUGCUAAUUUUGUAACUAUUGCUACUUUCAUAUGUCUUAACUACUCAUUGUCUUGCAUGUAUUACCAAAUUAUCACAGGCAUAUAAAACACUGCAUGAUUUAUAGAUUGCAUUCCAGUCUCCUGUUGUGGGUUUUUUGAAGUGCCCACUUGGAGAUGUUAAAUCAACCAGCUGUCUGCAUCACGGAAGCCACUGACCAAGACUAGUGAGUGAGUGAGUCCUAGUUAUGUAAAGAGUACUCUAGAGUCCAAAUAUUCACAUCAUUCCAGCCAUUAAUAUUUAGAAAUGUAAGAGAUUUGGGGAGCUUGUUUUGUGCCACAUUUCAGCAAGGACAUACUCCCUCUCAGUUUCCCCCCUUGCUGCCUUUUCACUCUUGUUCAUUAAGAAAUUAACUUAUUUAUAACUGGGGGGGGGGCAGAAAUGGGGGUGCACAUUCCCAUCUCACUCCUUUUUUCUAGCCACCACACUGAAGCAUGGGGACAAAAAAACAACAACUUCGACGUCGCAGGGGUGAUAAAUAGAAGAUUGUGUUCUAGCUUUAUUUGUGACUCUUGUUAUACAUUCACUUUCAGAUAAAAUACAAAGUUCUUGGAGCUUUUUUCUUUUUGUAACAGCCACCUUUUCAAGGGAGUGAGAGGGGUCUAAAUAUACUCAGCCCAACGACUACUUUCCAUGUCCAACUAUUAAUCUUCCCUCUUCCUCUCCAUUCUAACUAAAGUGACUGGGGAAGCUAAGGGAGUGGGUGACAGAUUAGAAAUGACCUUUUUGUCACUUGCACAGUCUUCUAGUUCCCUUAAACUGUUUCUUGGCUUCUGAAACAGCUACCCAGCUGGGAAAGCCAAAAGGGUGACAUUGGAGAGAUUUGUCACCCUUAGGUACAUUAGUCUUGGCCUCUGAUAUCUCUCAACAGUAGCAAGAAAUGUGGAAUUAAAGAGAGGCAAGUUAGCAACUGACAGACCAGAUCUUUGGUGCCUGGGAACUGUCAGUUGCUAACCCUAAAUGGAUCCUGUACAAGAAAACCUCUACUAUUUCCAGGGCUUUUAAAAGCCAUUUGGCACUGGUGAUCCAUUCUAUACAUACAAGGUUGUCUUUUAUACCAUUGCUUGACUGCAGCAAUCUCAUUAUGCCAUGCUCAGCUGAACCUAUUCCUACAUGAGAUUUAACUAACUGUUACCACCCUUUAUUCUGGUAGGGUCCUGCUUCUUAUCAAUAGGCAAAAUUUUAGUUAGUGCAGAUUGUCUUGCUGGAGAUACGCUGUCUGCCCAUGAUAUAGCUGCUAAGAAGUUAGUUAUGAAUAAAAGCAGGCAGCUGGCACCUUUUCCCCUACUUUCAGAAUUGGUGGACUUGGAAAGUUCUUAUUCCUUUCCAGAACUGAACUUGCAGCACAAUAUAAUUAAGGGAGAUAUAUGCAAUAUAAAGGAGAAAAAUAUACUCUAGCUGAUGGUAGGCUAAUGAUUUUCUGAUACAAAACACAACUGAUUUUUUACUUUCAACAUGGGGAGGAAAUUAUUAGCUGAAGGAUUUUCUUGCAAUAUCAAGUAGUUUCAUGAUAGUCUUCAUAUAAAUUAUAUUGUUGGAACUGAAAUCAUUUUUAAAUUAACACCCAUACAAGACACUGUACAACUCAAUUCUUGUGGAAUUUAGAAAAAUUAGUUACUUGAAUAUUCAUAUGAUAUACAAGCUAAUGAAAUGAACUUUAGUUCAGCAUAACUUGACACUAAUGUGUCAAACCUUAUUUUCACAAAUUAGUGUUUUAUAUAUUAAAAAGACUACUACAGAUAAUUUUUCUCUUCUCCAUAAGGUAGAAUAUCUGUGUGACACAGGUACCUCUAUUCAUAGGGUUUUAUUAUGUAAAGUCUAUCAAAAUAUAAAUUAAUAUGAUAGUGUUGUUAGAUAUAAUACAUUUUCUAAUGACUUUUUAAUAAAAGAAAUCACUUUUUGUUUUUAAGGGCUUGUUACACAACAGUACAACAAUGACAAAAAAUGCAGUUUUCUAUGCCUUGUGACCUUUAUAAAGUUGUGGGAGUUGGGUUAGGGUUUUUUCGCUUGUGUGUAAUCCAGUGUAUGAACAAAAAACCUUUACAUUCAUUUUGUGUUUUUCCUUAAAAGAGAUUCUGUGAAAAAAUUUAGUGUCUAUAUUUAAAGUCCAGUGAAUGUUAUGUGUUUUUCUCUGUUAAAUUUCCAUUCCUAAUAAAUAUUUUCUUAGCAAACAUCU